GCUUGUGGGUUUCUGCAAGGAACAGCCUGCUAAUCGACUCCGCCUGCCCACCCCACAUUCUCUGGGCUGUUGGCUCUCCAGAGCUCACCUGUUUCUUCUGGAAAGCUGAUAAUUUGCCAUGCAGAUCAGCGUCUCUGCUUUCAGUUUGUGGAGCCGUCCUGGUGUUUUCUCUGGCCUAUAAAGCAUCUCUGGCUCCUGGAGCAACGGAGAGCGUUAUGUGAGGAGAUCUAGAGAGACUGGAAGGAGGCAGCUGAGAACAAGAGUCCUACGAGUCAGGAUCUGAAUGCCAAGAUGUCAGUGCUUACCCCUAUUUUGACUCCCCCUGAGGUGAAGGAAUACAUGUCCAGAGGUGAACGCUUUAUCAAGUGGGAUGAUGUGAGUACCGUGGGUUUUAAUUCACCCUGGUUUGGGGCUCUUGAGAAGCAGGAAGUGGAAGGGUUCUAGACAUAACUACCCAGCUGUGUGAGUGAGUAAAUCUCUCCUUCUGUGGUUGAGGGCAAUAAAUGAAUGUUUGCAUGUGGUAAGAUUUAGGGGGAAGCAAUGAGUGAUGAGUAAAAAAGAGGAAAACUAUGCAAAGUAAUUAUAAAGUUGUGGUGGGCCCACUCCUGCAUUUUUAUUGUGCAUGUGAGAUAUUAUUAUUAUUAUAUUCCAGCCAUCCUAUGGAAGGCACGGCUAUGAAGUGUGGAGGAAUAGUAUCUAUCAUCUAUCUAUCUAUGUAUCAUCUAUCUAUCUAUCUAUAUCUAUCUAUCUAUCUAUCUAUCUAUAUCUAUCUAUCUAUAUCUAUCUAUCAUCUAUCUAUCAUCUAUCUAUCAUCUAUCUAUCUAUCAUCUAUCUAUAUUUAUUUAUCUAUCAUCUUCUUCAUUUAAUAUCUAUCAUCUUCUUCAUUCUUCAAGCUUAACCUGUUGAAUACCCAAAGUAAAGCAUAUAUCAAAUAAAUAACUAUAAAUAUAACAGCAUCAAACAAAGAGCAACAGGCCAUGUUCAUACAAAAGAGCUGAUCACCAGCCAGUUGAAACAAAUGUAAGUUUUGACAGUUCUGUAAAUAACAAGUGAUAAAGGUGAAUCUGCUCUGGGAAGAAUCACAUUAAAGAGGCCGCGGUUUUGCAAGUUAAUCCAAUUAUCUGUGAGAUCUUUCAAAAGUAAGUCAACCACAGUCUUCGUAUACGCUGCGUUAUCUGGCACAAAUGACAAAUUCACCGUGUUGAUCUAUGAUUAAUAUCGGUCUUUGAAUGAAUAGGAAACAACUGCAUGUUUCAAAUGAUGUGUCUGAAGACUAUUGGCAAAUACAGAGGCCAGUGUGGUUCUUCCACAGGUCCAUGUACUCUAAGGCUCUGCAGCAUCUCACAACCUUUGUGCAGAAAGCGACAUGAUGUGGGGAUGUCAUUGUGCCACUUUAUGUGCAGUAAGCCCUAGAAUGCUUUGGUGAUAUCCCCAAACUAUGAAAGGUCUUUAACAGAGGGUUAGAUAAAUUCAUGGAGGAGAAGGCCAUCAAUGGGUUUCCACUAUCAAAGGCAGUAUACCUCUCUGAAUACCAGGUGCUGGAAUCGCUGGUGGGGAGAGUUAUCUUGUGCUCACAUCCAGGUUACAUGCUUCCAACAGGCAUCUGGUCGGCCACUGUAAGAACAGGAUGCUGGACUAGAUGGACCACUAGCUUCUUCCAGCAGGCUCACCUUCUGUCCUUUUAGAGGCCUCCAGUUUGGCACCGGGGCGAUUGCAUCAUUAACCUGUGUUUCCUUUAGAGCAGGGUUGGUGAACCUCCGGUCCAGGGGCCAAAUAGGGCCCUGCAGCCAUCUGUUUUUGCCCCUUAGGUCUCUCACCAGCUAGCCCCACAAACGUCACUGGACCUACUGCGCACUCCAAGUGUUUUUGGCCUGGCUGGAAUGUGUCCUUAAACUCUAACAAUGCCUCUUGCUUAUCUGGAUAGAAGAUACAGAGAGGCGUGUGAGAACGUGUAGAAAUAUACAGAGGCAAAGUUUACAUCCAUCGCUCCACUCCCUUUUGCCUCUGGUCCCACCCACCAUUAUCACGUGGCCCUCUGGAGGAAACAAAGUAGGAAAUGUGGCCCUUGGGCUGAAAAUGCUUCCCUGCCCCUGCUUUUAGGGCUUCAGCUGUAUAGAAUAUUGUCCCGCAUUGGUGACAAUAUUCAUUCCCUGUGUUGGAAUUCAGGUCAAACCAGAAAAAUGUUUCCCCAUUGUGCUUUGAUGCCCAAAUGCACUCCUUCCUGUUUUGUUUUGGUGUUUGUUUGUUUUUUUAAAAAAACUGUGUAGAUUAUAUGGAGUCACAUAUGUUAAUUAAGGAGAUACCUUUGGAUGACGUUAACUAAUUAUAGAGGGUUUUUUAAAAAUGUUAUUGAGGACCUUUAUAUUAUCAUUUGGGAUGUGGGUGGCGCUGUGGUUUAAACCACUGUGCCGCUUGGACUUGCUGAUCGGAAGGUCGCGGUUCGAGGCCCCGCGACGGGGUGAGCUCCUGUUGUUCGGUCCCAGCUCCUGCCAACCUAGCAGUUCCAAAGCAUGCAGUGCAAGUAGAUAAAUAGGUACCGCUCCGAUGGGAAGGUAAACACUGUUUCUGUGUGCUGCUCUGGCUUCUCCAGAAGUGGCUUAGGCAUGCUGGCCACAUGACCCGGAAAAAUUGUCUGCGGAAGUGGACAAACGCCGGAUCCCUCGGCCUGUAAAGCGAGAUGAGCACUGCAACCCCAGAGUCGUUCGCGACUGGACUUAACUGUCAGGGGUCCCUUUACCUUUUAUAUUAUCAUUGCUCUUGAAUUCUCAAGCAGAAGUUUCUUAUUGACAGUGUAAUAUCCCAAGCCACUAGCGGUUUCAAUGUGGGUGGCAAAAUCCAGAGGCAGGAGUAUAGUACACAGUGCUUGCAAUAUUUGAUAGCUUUUCCUUCAGCAGCCUUUCCAGCUCAGGUGCUAAAGUGCUGAAUCAGUCAUGGAGGAAUCUAUCACCUGGCUGCCCCCUCAGGUAACAGCUGUGUCGGUUGUUACUGUCAACUGACUCAGCAGCCACAAGUUUUCUGUAAGUGGAGAUAUGUCACUUGGAGACAGACCAUGUAACUAUGGCUUUAAUGGUGAAACAGAAAGCUCUUCAUCAUGGUCUUCAUUCUGUGUGGUGCGGUGCAGCUCAGUACAUCUGAGUGUCAUAGAUAUUUUAAGAACUAAAACCAGCUCAGAGUCUUGUAUGAUGCAGAAGAAGGCUGAUCACACAAAACAAGGCGGGCACAGCUGUCACCUCUAUCAUAUUAAUUUCCACUCCUUCCCCAUUUCCAAAUCAAGGUGUUUGCUGUCAAAGACAUCCAAAUGCUGACUGAGUAGUUAGUUUAAACAAAUACAAUAAAACUGCAAAAACAAAGCAGUAAAACCACAGAAAACAGAAGCUGCAGCAAAUCUACCCCACUAAAAGUCCCACAAAUUGUAUUAAGACUUCAGGAUCUCUUCUUUUAGACAAGUGUGACAUUUUGAAUUCCACUUUCUCCUCCAGAUGCUUUGAGAUGAAUAAAAGGGAAUUGUAGCCAAGCUCAUUCACGUCAGAUCUGGAGAAGAAAGUGGAAGUAAUUAUUACAUAGUGAAAUUAGCAACUAAUAAACACCUAAAAAAAAAAAAUAGCCACUUCAAUUUUGGAAUCCAGAACAAACUUUUCCUGAAGUUCUGUCCCAUGCUUUAAAACCCUCUCCCCCAAUCUCUCUAUCUAUCUCUCUCCUCUCUGAAAAUCCCGCUAAUGAAGAAAGUGGGGUGGCAGAACGGGCAGGAAUAAGGGCAGCACAAGAAUUCCACUCAGCUGUAGAAAAGUUCGUACUGCUUUAAUGUGGGAUACAUUCCUCUAUUUACCAUACAGCAAUUCCUAAAUAUAUGUGGAUAGAAGUCAACUUAAAUGAUAGCAUAGGGGAAAACCUUAAAUCAAUCAUAAUCUUAAUCAUAAUCAUAAUAAUAGCAGCUAACAUGGAGUCAUCCAGAUGUUGAUGGACUCUAACUCCCAUCAUCCCUUGCCAUUGACCACGCUGGCUGGGGCUGAUGGGAGUUGGAGUCCAACAGGCAGGCCCAGACAGAGGGGAGCCAUAUGGGCCACUUGGCCCGGGCUUCCAAUUCCAAAGGGGGCCUCAGUCAGCGUUUUCACAAUUGAAGGGGAUGCACUGGGGUGAACGCGGAGGCGCGGGGGGGGGCACAUUAUCUACCUGCACCUGGCCUCUGCCUGGCUCUGCAAGGCCCUGCCAACAGGUAAAAUGUUGGCAUCCCCUACCCUAAAUAUAUGUCAUUCCAGCUCACCUCAUGCAGCUGAAGUGACAUUUCCUCUCCCUCACAGAUAUAGUAGAACACAUAAAUGACAGUUUCUGAGCUAUUUACUGCCUUUGUUGUUUUCUUUUACUGUAUAACUUGCUUUGGUGCACUUGAGUGCAAAAAAAGUGACUAAUAAAUACAAACAACAAACAAACAAACCUGCUGUUCUGGUUUUGUCAGGAUACAGCAAGUGCCUCUCCUGUGAUUCUGCGGGUAGACCCAAAGGGCUUUUAUCUCUAUUGGACUUUGCAGAGUAAGGUAAGUCCUGAUCCUCAGUCUUUAAUUGGAGAUGUUGAUGUCAAAAGAUACCAGAGUCAUAGAAUCAUAGAAUUAUAGAGUGUCAUCAUCUAGUCCAACCCCCUUCAAUUCAGGAAUCUCAACUAAAGCAUUCAUGACACAUGACCAUCCAACCUCAGCUUAGAAAUCUCUAAGGAAAAAGAGUCCACUAUCUUCCGAGGGAGACUGUUCCACCGUCAAACAGCUCUUACUGUCAGAAAGUUCUUCCUUAAGUUUAGUUGGAAUCUCCUUUCUUGUAACUUGAAUCCAUUGAUUUCGGUCCUCUGGAGCCUUUAAUAUUUGAAGAUGGCCCCCAUAUCUCCUAUCAGUCUCCUCUUAUCCAGUUUAAAUAUACCCAGCUCCCUCAACCAUUCCUCAUAAGACUUAGUUUCCAGACCCUUGGAUCAUCUUGCUUGCCCUCCUCUGCAUACAUUCCAACUAGUCAGCAUCCUUCUUAAAUUGUGGUGCCCAUAAUUGGACAUAGUACUCCAGGUGUGGUCUGACCAAGGCAGAAUAGAGCGGUACUAUUAAUCCCCUUGACCUGGACACUAUACUUCUGUUGAUGCAGCCUAGAAUACCAUUAGCUCUCCCCCCCCCCCCACAUCACACUGUUAACUCAUGUUAAGCUUGUGGUCUACCUAGAUCCUUUUCACAUGUACUACCAGCAAACCAGGUAUCCCCCAUCUAACAUUUGUGCAGGUGGUUAUUCCUGCCUAAGUGCAGAACCUUUCAUUUGUCGCUGCUGAAAUUCAUUUUGUUAGUUUUGGCCUGGUUCUCCAAUCUGUAAAGGUAAUCUUGGAUCCCCACUCUGUCUUCUGCAGCAUUAGCUACCCUCUUAGUUUGAUGUCAUCUGAAAAUUUGAUGAGCAUCCCCUGAAAUCCUUUAUCCAUGUAGUUUAUAAAGCUGUUGAACAACAACAGGCCCAGGGCUGAACCCUGUGGGACCCCACUUGUCACUCCCCCCCCCCCCCGGAUGAUGAGGAACCAUUAGUUCUCUUUGGGUUUGAGUCUUUGAAGGGCAAAGCACAUAGGUCCCAUCCAUGAAGCUCCCGUCUCCUAAAUCAGACCAUUCUGUCAAGCUAUCUAACCCAGUCCCAAACAUAUUCUCUGACCAAGAAGUGGGGAGAGGGUGAAGGUGCGCUUACUUCUUUCUCUGCUGGCUGUAUCUCGGUAGUAAAGCAUCUGCUUUGCAUGGAGAAGGUCUCAAGUUCAAUCCCUGAAAUCUUGAGAUAAGACAGUGAGAGACCCCUGUCUGGAACCCUAGAGAGUCACUGCAAGUCAGUGUAGGUGACCCUGGGGUAGAUGGACCAACAAUCUGACUCUUUGUGAGGCAGCUGCUUCCUACGCAGCUGUGGGUUUCAACUCCAGGUCCAUUCAUGUGGGGUUCUAAGCAAAUGUUUGCACCUAUGAUGGGGGGGGGGACAGCUUGGUGGCAGAAGAAAAAUGGGAAUGAUCCCCUUUAUUCUAACUCCAGAUGGGCUCUUCUUGGAGGCUUCAGAAAAAGCAGCCAUAGCAUUACACCUAUCUUUGCAUCAUGCAAAGUUUAGAACUUAUGACGGAGGUCCCUGACCCAGUUCUGCUCUUUGACAUCCUUUUAUCUGGAGAUACCAGGCACCCAACUUCUGCAUGUAAGGAGGGUGUUCUGCUGCUGAGCUCUGGCCCCUCCCAAGCUAGAAGGGCAUUAAUUAUAUUUGCUAACUGAGCAGCAUGUGCAUCUGGGGAAUUCUGGAGAAAAGCAGUGAGUCAAUGGAGAGCGGAAACUAGAAAGCUAACUAUUUUAUGUAUGGAGAUGCUUCGUGGGAAGUGAUGAUGAUGAUUUUAUUCUUAAUUGUGUCAGAACAUUCUUUUCUCAUGCAGUAGUGUUCUAAAAUAUUAGACAUAGGUCAUUUUUUAAAAGCCUAUAUUAAAUGCAUGAAGAUUUUAAAUAUGUUUAUUUGUAAUAGUGUGUUAUUUCACCACGUUGGUAUUAGCUGGCCUGGACUCUCUUGGGUGGAAGGGCAGAAUAGAAAUGUAAUAAUAAAGGAACAUUGAAUACCCCAUGCCUGUUGACCACUUCUUUCUACUGCAGGCAACCUCCAAACUCACUUUUUCUCUCAACCUUAUACAUCACCUAUGAUGUGCCUCUAAGCCUCAUAGGAAGCUGACUUAUGCCAAGUCAGCUAGAAGCUUUGUCUACCCUGACUGGCAGAAAACUUUCCUAUCAGCUGUUACCUGAUCUUUUCUAACUGGCGGUGCCAAGGAUGGAACUUGGGACUUUCUGAGUACAAACCAUGUGCUCUUUCAUUGAGCCACACUUCCUCACUUGGAAGGGACGUCACAGACAUUAAUUCUGCACCUUUCUGAUGCUCUUAAUCUUUUGCUCCUGAUUUGCAUGGAAUUGAACAUGCAGGAGGUAGAAAACACAAAGUACUUGUGCAUCCUGUUCUCCAGUAUCUCUGUCACGGCUGGAGGUGCUACGUGUUCUUUAGGCAUCCUCUUAGUCUCAGUUUCUCUUUGACACAUCCAAUUUAGCUCUUCCAAAGAGCCACUUCCCACUGUCACCUGGCCAAAGCAUGUACUUGUUGUUCAUUGCUUGUGUAAAAGUUGGGACUUAUAGAAGCACUAGGUUGCCUUACCUGGAGAGAUGCCUUGAAGAUUUGAAACUGGAGUAGAUUUGUCCUGCAGAUUUGGCAAAACAGAGAAAAGAAGGAACAUAAGAACAUAACAAGGGCCUGCUGGGUUAGGCCAAUGUCUCAUGGCAUCUAGUGUGCUGUUCUCACAGUUUCCAACCAAAUGCCUGUGGGGAGCUUCAAAACUUGCCAUGGGUUUCUGGAUUUUUGGUAUGUGCAUACCAAAUGGAUCAUAGAAUUGUUGAGUUGGAAAGGAUCUUGAGUGUCUAGUCCAAUCCCCUGCAAUGCAGAAAUCUCAACUAGAUCACACAUGACCGGUGACCAUUCAACCUCUGCUUCAAAACAUCCACCUUCUACUGUCAAAUAGCUCUUACUGUCAGAAAGUUCUUCUGAAUGUUUAGGCAGAAUCUCCUUUCUUGUAACUUGAAGCCACUGGUCCUGUAGCUUGAGGACCUACCCUCUGGAGCAGGAGAAAACAAGCUUGCGCCAUCUUCCAUGUGACACCCCUUUAGAUAUUUGAAGAUGGCUUUCAUAUCUCCUCUCAGUCUCAUCCAUUCCAAACUCCCUCAACUGCUCCUCAUAAGGCUUGGUUUCCAGACCCUUGAUCAUCUUGGUCACCCUUCUGUGCACCGAUCCCAGCUUGUCAAUAUCCUUAAAUUGUGGCACCCAGAACUGGACACAGUACUCCAGUUGUAGUCUGACUGAGGUAGAAUAGUGUGGUACUACUUCUCUUUGGACACAAUACUAGCCGAAACCAUGGCUUAGAUCCUGUGAGCACAGAAGCAGCAUGAAGAGGAACAAUCAGCUGUAAUUCUAGCUCCAUACACCAGCGCACUCCACAUUUAUUCCCAAACCAGUUAGGCUUAACUGUGGCUCCAAGUGAUAUGCAUGAACCAGCCAGGUGUAAGGAUGUUUGGUAAGUGGAGCAAUAAUUCACAUGAAAAGGAAGGCCAUCUGUCUUCUCCUCCUCCAUGAAAACUGAAAACGCAGUGAGAUAGAGCAGGCCAGCGGGGACUGAGAGCCUCUGAUCGUUUAGUUCUGCUUUCUAGUUAAGUAUGAUACUGUGGUUUGGGGCUGCUUCCUUCUCUUAAUCACAGGAGUAACUGAAGCUUGAGAAUAAGACAAUAGCAGUAACUAUGCACAGUAACUAUGUCAGGAGGUUGACAAUUUGUCAGGUUUCACUUCCUCUUGGAAGACUAGAAGUGGUAGAAGUCCAACAGCAGGGAUCAUUCAGUUUGUAACGUAAGGGCUAACUCUGCUAUCAAUAGGUCUGCUAACCAGAUAGGGUGGCGGAGGUUUCGUUUGGCAACAAGGCAGAGUGGCAUGAUGUUUGCUGAGUCACCUCAUGCCCUGAUUGGCUAUGUAGCCCUGAGGGAGCUAUGUACAAGACCUUAACUAAGAAAGGCAAAGCUUCUCUGUUUCUUUCUCCUCAAACUAUACACUGCUUUCAUUCAAUUUUGCUCUGCAAUGUGUUAUCAGGACAUUUCUCUCUGAAAUCUGUCUGCAUUACAGUGGUACCUCGGGUUAAGUACUUAAUUCGUUCUGGAGGUCCGUACUUAACCUGAAACUGUUCUUAACCUGAAGCACCACUUUAGCUAAUGGGGCCUCCUGCUGCCGCCGCGCCGCCAGAGCACGAUUUCUGUUCUCAACCUGAAGCAAAGUUCUUAACCUGAAGCACUAUUUCUGGGUUAGCGGAGUAUGUAACCUGAAAUGUAUGUAACCUGAGGUACCACUGUAUUUAAGUGACUUUGCUGACAAUAAGAAAAUCCCAGGUGGAUCAAACGACACACACAUCUAGCCCAGCACCCUCGUUUCCACAGUGGCCAACCAGAUGUUUCUAGGGAGACCACAAGCAAGGCAUGAAUAUAAUAGCUGUUGCUCCCAAGCAAGUGCUAUUCAGAGAUAUAAUUGAAUUUGGACCUGGAAACUCCAUUCACUUAUCAUGGCCAAUAAUCCCUGAUAGUUAUGCCUUCAAACGUUUGUCUAGAAUAACAUGUCACACUAAAUUGAGAUAUUUACCUUGUAAUCAUGUCAAGUCACACCCUUAACAUGCUUAACAAACUACAGUCAUAUGCUUAACAAACUACAGCACCCAGAAUUCUUUGGGGGGAGCCAUGAGUGGUAUCAUAGCAUUUUGAAUGUGUGAUGUGAAUCUGGUCAGUGUUCUCCACCACACCUGAGGGGAGCUGGCUAGCUUAGGGGUGCAGGGCAGGCUACGUUGCACACAAAGCUCUGGCCUCCUGAUACCUAGUUGCUGCUUACUCACGGCUCUGCCAGGUACUAGUUUGCUGCAGUAUAGGGACCCUUUGAGUUAGGGAUGAGUUUUCUAGAGAGUGGAGUGGGGCCUCUUGCACUCUGCUGCUUGUAGUUGCUGGCAGAUAGCUCAAUAAUUUGUCAACGGAAGAGAUGGGCUUGUCUGAGGGUAGUGAUAACUCAGGUGUCUCAUUUGCCUGGAAAAUUCAGUAGUCUUAUGAUUAGAAUACUAAGCAAAAUAAACAAAUGUGGGAGUAGGAUGGUGGUUUGUUUAAUUCCACACUGGGAGAGGUCAGUGGCAGGCUGGUUUCCCACUUGCGAAAAGAGCUUGUAAACAAAGGUGAGCUCAAAUGCUGUUGGGCAAGCUAACAAACAGUCCAGUUCUGAAGCCAGUUUUUGUACAAGGGGGAGUGACUUUUUGUACGAAUGUAUAGCAGUGUACAAAAAGUUCCGUCAGAAUGGUUUAUCCAUGUAGUUCUUUUGGGGAUAAGAAUUCUAUUCCUAUCCAUUUUAAGGUGUUGCCAGAAAGGGUACACAAUAAUGUAACAUUUACACGUUUUCGCUAUCAGAUUCCAUGGGAUCUUGCAUCCUGUGAGAUGCCAGAUUUUGAGUGGUGAAGUUACUGCGCAGUGGGGUGAUUAACUUUCCCCUCCCCAUUAUUUUCUCUCUCCAAAUUACACACCUCCUGCUGCUUCCCCCUUCUAAGUUUUUCUUCCAGAAUGAAUGAAGUGAGCAAUCUGGAGCGUGGAAAUGGCCAGCAGGGAAAGGGUUACACACCCACCCACCCCUUCUCUGCUCACAAAUUGAAGCAGCUUUUAAGUUAAAUAAUAAUAAUCAGGGCUGAGGCAUGUAAUAUGCCAUUUGGCCUGAAUCAGCAAACGAGAAUUGUGAUGUUCUUGGAAAUUUGCUUGUCAGCAUUUGAAAAUACAAACAAGGGAAAUUUAGGCUUCUUGAGCUCCCUGCUGUUAUACCCCAUUAUGAAAGUAAAAACCAAACAAAAAAGAUCUGCAUUGAUGCAGAUCAGUGGUGUGUUACAUUAAAGCUUCCAUCAUUUGACUGCUGUUGCUAAGCAGUAACCAGGGAAGGGGGUCUUGCCCAUGCUGAUGGGUGCUAAUGCCGCUGAGAGCCUGCAGACUUUGAAGGUUAGAAAGUGCAAGUACAAGAAGGAGAAGACGUGCAAAGCUACCGUAUUGUGUGGGUUGCCCUGAUCACUGUAUAUGCAGCGUAGUGUGAACCAAUGAUGUCAUCAGAAUGCGUCCUCAGUGGGCUAAAGACCCCUGCAGAGGCAAAUUCUCCCAGCAAGCUCCUCUUUCAGAUAACCUAACCCAGUGGCUCAUAACACUGCAUGGAAAAUGCAAUGGAUGGUGGAAAUUGCAGUGGUCAGAUUACUGACUCGGGUUCCGUUUAGAUCUCUCGUGUUUUAAAGCACCUGUAUGGGUUGGCAGUUUGUUUCUAGGCCCAAUUCAAAGGGCAAACAUUAGUAUGUGAUACUCAAAAUAAGACAGCUAGUGAAAGAUCCAGUUGCCAUUUGAGUAUAAUACACAAACAUUUCAGAACCUGACAUUUAUUUCCCCAAUAUUUUCAUAUAAUACUCACGUGAGAGUCGCUGUAGUAGUUAAAGCUAAGAAGAAUUCUAAUUUUCUGAGAAGAUACCUUGCAUUUUAUAUAACACAGAUUCCAAACAUCAAAGUGAUACUGGGCUAGCUGUUAUGUUUUGGACAUUACCAAUUACUGCUUAGUAGUGGUAACAUUCUCUGGGCCUGCCCCUAAUGGAAUCUGUUGAAAAAUGGGUAAUGUUUAAUGCAUGCUGUUUUGUACAUUAGAAGAUGUGAUUAGGCUGCUGAGUAAUGGGUUUGUGAAUGCAAGUGCUUUCCUUUCCUUUACAAUUGCUCAGGACUUGAAUGUUAAUUUUUGAUAUUUUGCAGGAAAUGGAAUUUUUGGAGAUUACAAGCAUUCGAGAUACUAGAAUAGGGAAAUUUGCAAAGAUUCCCAAGGUGAGUUUGUGGCAUAGUGUAUAGGAUUAGUAAUUGUUAUCCAUGCAAUACUCAUUGGGAGAUGCCAUUGUAACUUGUUAAUUGACUUCUUCCUCUCAUAUUGACUGAGCUGUUCUUUUCAUUUGUGGUAGCAAAUUGUGUGUUUUGUAACACUGGACUGUAUGAAAUGUGUGACCAGUGAAACAUGUAUCCUUUUUUGCACUGCUAAAUUUGGGAGUGGACGGUGGGUGCAAAAUCUGAAAAUGUUCAGGAGAAACUGCUAAACAGUGCUUAUGUAAGAGGUUACAAAAUAGGUAAAAUCAAAUGGGGGAAAAGUUUAAGUCUGGUGAAUAAAUGGUCAUGCGUAGGCCCACAUUUAAAAGAGAGAGAAGACAUUCCCAAGAAAGCUAAAGUUGGUGCAAGCAAUAUCCAGUGUGCAUGGGGUGUUUUUGUCAAAAUCAGCAAAGUCCCACAUUAACAAGACAACAUCUCAUAGUCCUUGUUUUUAGGACAGAAUUAUACAUGGUGAAAAACACAGGAUUGCUGCAAAAAUAUUGGCCCCAUGAGAAGUUUGUUACCUUCCUUUCCAUAAUGUGUGGUGAAACUUACCUGUGGUCUGGCAUCAAGAACCAAAGGUGUGAAACAUGCACAUUUCCUGACAAGUAUGGUACUGUAAGUUUCACUAUAACUUAUGGAGGAAACAAUCUCUCUUUUUAAAAAAUAUUAUUUUUAUUGAUUUUCCAAAUUAUUAAAAAUCAAACCAAAUUACUUAAUUUAAUACAAUUUCUUAAAACCAGGUUUCCCGCUCUUGUUGCAAUCAUAUGUCCAAUAUAUUCCCCCAUAGCUGCCCAGUUCUUAUUUAGUCUCCAGUUGACAUCCUUCACUUGCUAUUAAACCAUUCUUCCAGCUGUCCUUUUUUUUACCUUACAAUCAGCACCUCAUUUUCCUGUUGUAAAUAUAUAAUCCAUUUCACUUGUAGCCCUUCAUGUACAUUUUUGUUCCAGACUUCGAAAGUUAAAAGAGUUCAGUUCUUUUGUUGUUCAAUUCUUUGCAGUGUUUAUCUGAGUGGUACAAGGUCACAUUCCAUUCAGUUCCACUGUUAUCAAGCUGACAUGCGAGCCACAGCCAUAAAUAUCUCACAGAGUGAACUUUCCAGACAUCUGCCAUUAAAUUCCCCGCUGGAGUUCUUUCUCGGCACACAAUACACAGCACACACUUUCCUAAGAAUCAGCCUUUCUUCCGCAACUAUCCAGUUGCAGGUCGUUUUUCUUUUCCCCCGCUGGAUUUCUCCAACAACACCCUGGUCUGGCGGUGGUGAUGAAUAAAAUCCAUUCAGCCUCAGUCAAGGGGGGGGGCAUAGCAAAACUUUAUUAAAUUCCUUGUAAAGCAUAAUUGAAAAGCACCCCUCCCCGGGGGCAUACAAAGGGGGUGGGGCAGGGAGCAGUCCGCCCCGGGUGCCACCGUGGGGGUGUGUGUGACAAGAUGGUCCGCUGCCUCCCCCCCAGCUGUAGAGCAGCCGAGGGUACAGGUCCAUAUACGCAGCAGCCCAUAUGGAUGGCACUCCAUCAGCAGUCCAUACAGGCUGCCGCACGUGCGCUACCGGGCGGUUUGCCACGCCCCUCAGCACCACGCCCCAGGUGACGGAGAGGCUUCCUCCGCCACUGCCCCUCCCCGUUUUUGAAGUGUCAAACAAAGUAGCAACUACACAUGUCUCUUCAUCGUAGGGGAGGACAAGAAAUAGAAAGACCAUUAGAAAACCAUAAGAAAGCACAAAGCUCCUUGUCCUCCCUCUUUCCUUUGAGGUUGUUGUAAGGAUUCUCAAGCUUCAGAAAACAUUCAAAUACCUUCAGAAAACCGGUCCCGGUUAUUUCGGCAGCUGAUUGAUUGCAGCCUCUUAGCAUAUGAGGCUUAGCGCCUCUUGAUGAAUGCCAAUUAUCCAAAUUGAAGAGGAACCUUCCACAAAUCAUGCUGGUAGUGGAGGCUCGUCCAUGGCAGUGGCACACUCCCAGAUCGCUCCUGUUCUGCCUUUCAAGUUGGCAGACACGGGAUUGUGCCACACUGUGGGAUGCAGUGAAAUCCCCACUGAAGAGCAUCAAGAGGAUUGAUGCCUCAUUUCCUCUCUUCCCCCUGCCUGAAUUUCCCUGCAACCCCUGGAGGGCUGCGGAGAACAACCGCCAUUGAUCGUGGGCAUGGCCAGAAACAAUGGAGGAGACAAUCUCGACACAAAGCUGCCAUUAUUUUCUGACAGCUCUGAGCUUAUUGUAGCAUCUGACCCUGUUAUAGUAUUUCUGCAAGAAGUUCAAUAAGCUGGCGUGGGAGCAUGUUAAACUUUUCUGUAAACUAGGGAUGGGGAACUAGUGACUCCAGAUGCUCCUAAAUCACAUCUGUGUCAGCCAGCACUGGGAAGAUGAGAGUAAUCCAACAACAUCUGGAAGGCCACCAGUUCCCCAUCCCUUCUAUAAACAGUGCUACUAUAAAGUACUACACUAUUCAAUGAGUAAAGGGAAUUAUAAUUUUUAAAAAAUGCUAUAUUGGUUAAUGUUUUCUGAUCUUCAAGCUGAAUCAUUCCGCUUUGAAUUUCAAGCAAAAGGUUGACACAGUUCUUGUUGUUUCAGGCAGGCAACUUGUCCUCCCCUCUGCAUUCCUACUUGGAAUGUUCAUGCUUGUUUAUCCUUUGCAGAGCCAGAAGCUCCGAGACGUUUUCAACCUGGACUUCCCAGACAACAAUUUCUUUCUCAAGACAUUGACUGUGGUUUCUGGUCCUGAUUUGGUGGAUCUCACUUUUCACAAUUUUGUUUCCUAUAAAGAAAAUGUUGGAAAGGUACUGAAAAACUAUAAAAGGGGUUGGGUUGGGGCAUCGUGAAGAGUUCUGAAAGGAGUGAUGGGAAGAUGGGCAAACUGUCCACUAGUGACUUAUUUUUCAAAGAGUGAGCACAUGUUAUUCACAAAAAAAGCAGUUUAUGCUGCCCUGCUCCUCAAUUAUCCUGGAAGUUUGCGCAAGCAAAAAGAUAAAUGGAGCUUCCAUGCUGAGUCACUGAGAAAGCCAGUAAAAUAUUUGAAGUGCUGGGUUUGGCUAUGAGAGAUUAAUGUUUUAAUCCCUGCCUGGCCAUGAAGUUUGCUGGAUGCUUUGCAAGACACACCUGUUUUCAACUUGAGAAAACAGGAAUUGAGAAAAUGAUGUCUGCUUAUUUACCUUCAGCUCUUUGGAGGAAAGACAGAAUAUAAGUUAAUUAAUAAAUAAACUUUUGUGGGUUUUUUACCUUGAUGCUCUUUAUUUAUUAUAGACAGGUACCUGUAAGAUGUACUCUUUAAACAGGGAAAAGAAUAAUUUGUUCCACUAAAAUCCUGAUUUAAGGCUUAUAUACCAGAAACUAAAUAUCAUUUAUUUCAAUGGCUGUCUAGCUGGAGGGCAUCACUUUAGAAAGGAUAACAAGGGCAGAGAAUGAACAAGUUCCAUGUGGAACUUGGCCAUAACACGCUUGCUCAGCGGCACUGGAAGUGAGGGUGUUGCACAGUUCAUUUUCCAGUCUUUCCAUGUGUACACACAUCUUGUUUUUUCAGGCUUGGGCAGAUGAUAUCAUGGUCAUUUCUAGGAACCCCUUUGUAUAUAAUGCUUCCCGCUAUUCCUUCCUGGAGAGAAUGUAAGUAGUUAUCAAAUAACUUCAUACUACCAAGUGUUUUCUGCUAUUCCUUCAAAUAGCAUGCUAAAGUGUUGAGUGCCAACAGAAAGCGUGGGAUAAACCUUGGGGUGCUUAUGGAAACUCUCAAGUUUGCAAAGUACAAAACAACAGUUUAAAAGUAAGGUGUCAGUGCCUCCCCCCCCCCCAAAAGCCAGCCCAGUGAGGACAGAGCUAUGGAAUACUGGAUGUCAGCUGGAAAAAGGAAAACUGGGAGAGAGAGUUGAAUGUCCUGUUUCAGUCCCUUAUGUCAUAUAGUGUCCCAAAACAGGACGUGGCUAGCUAGGACCUGAUCAGGUGAUGAUACACUGCAAGCGUGUAUCAUUCCAACUGUUACACUUCUUUUGUAUUUUGAUGACAUGAAACUAGUCAUGUGCUGAGAUGAGAGGAAUGUACUAUAAACAAUUCAAUCCAGAAAGCUUAAGUAUGAUAUCAACAGAAGAUUCUUUUUAGCAUCAUGAUGCUAAUUCUCUGGCAAGUUCCACUGACUUGUAUUAAUCAUCUCAAUAUGAAAUAUUGUUGCCUUUGAGUUUAGCUUGGGAUGUCAGUAAACAAGAUGCCCAAAUCUCAGUUUCAAUUCACUUCACGAUUCCCUGUGAUUGCAAAUGCAACGAGUCUGUGGAAUUUAAUAACUUUUCCAAUCAACGUGGAAUCAAAUUUCAGCUUUAAAUCUAACAAUAAUUCACCUCAGGCUUUUCUUACGGUUAUCUUACUUUUCCCUAUUGUUAUGGCUACCAUACUUCCCUUGUUCCAUUUUUUUUCUCUUAGCCAAGGAUUGUCUAUUUUGAAUGUUUCCACAGACUGGUGAAGCUGAAACUGCAACUGAAUAGUGAGGGGAAAAUUCCUGUUAGGAAGUGAGUAUGGCAUGUGCAUUGUGCUUCUUUUGACUAAUGAUGGUGUGUGACAAACUUGAAUGACUGCACUAUCGAGGGAUCUUCUUGGACAAAUGGCUGCCCAGGGGUUCUUUUGGGAGGGGAGGCUUAGAGAGGUCCAGUCUGCUAUACAGUUAAGAGGGCUGAGGUAAAAUUGACCAGGUUUCAAAUCCCAGGACAAAUCAAGCUGUUCUACAGCACUCGCUAUAUGUUGUGAAACCAGGUUUAUCUGUUUAUUGCAUUUUUACUCUGCCUUUCCUUCAAUGACCUUAAGGGGGCAUAACAGUUUCCCCUACCCUAAGUAUAUCCUCACAGCAAGCCUGUGAGGUCACAUCCAUACCAUACUUUUAAAGCACAUUUAAAGCUCAUGGCUUCCCCUAAAGAAUACCAGGAACUGUAGUUUAUCCCUAACAGAGCUACAGCACCCUUUUAAAAAACUACAGUUCCCAGGAUUCUUUGGGGGAAGUUGUGUGCUUUAAAUGUAUUGUGUGGUGCACAUCAGGCUGAGAGAAUGUGCCUAGCUUAAGGUCACCCACUGAAUUUCAUAGCUGAAUGAAAAUUUGAAACCGCCCAAGCCUUGAACAACUUCAUCCCCCUGGCUUCCAAUCCUAGGAAGACUCACUCUCCCUGGCUUCCUCACUUGUGGAAAAAUUAUAAGAAUAACAAUUUUAAAAUAUUAAAUCAUCAUCAUCCAACAACAACAAUAAUAAGGAUAGCAGAAGACAGGUUGCCAUUUCAUCCAUCUGCAGAGGAACAUAACUUGGCACAAUUCAACAUCAGAUUGGCAAGAAAAAGCAAACAUAGAAAAGAAGAGUAGGCUCCUGAAUUUAUGGAGUCCUCAGAAACACUUUCAUUGCCAGAUGCCAGAUUGCCAGAAACAAAGAACUGCUGAGAGGUGUGACACUUUGUCUCUUAAGUGAGACAACUCUCACUCUGCCAGAAAAUAAAAAAGGAUAACACGAACUCCUUGUCUUUUCUCAGUCACAGUUACUCCUAAAAGAAAAGGGGAAGGAAAUAUCAGAUAACUAUUGCUUAUAGUUUUUGAAUUAUGGUGCUGGAGGAGACUCUUGAGAGUCCCAUGGACUGCAAGAAGAUCAAACCUAUCCAUUCUGAAGGAAAUCAGCCCUGAGUGCUCACUGGAAGGACAGAUCCUGAAGCUGAGGCGCCAAUACUUUGGCCACCUCAUGAGAAGAGAAGAGAAAAGACCCUGAUGUUGGGAAAGAUGGAGGGCACAAGGAGAAGGGGACGACAGAGGACGAGAUGGUUGGACAGUGUUCUCGAAGCUACCAGCAUAAGUUUGACCAAACUGUGGGAGGCAGUGAAAGACAGGAGUGCCUGGCGUGCUCUGGUCCACGGGGUCACGAAGAGUCGGACACGACUAAACGACUAAACAACAACAACAAUUGCUUAUAGUUCUGGUUGUAUAGUUGGAGCCUAUGCUGAACUAGUUCAUGGAGACAACUAAUGGCCUACAUGUUGGGCAAUUUGCCAUUUUCUCUAUAUGGACUGCCUUUCCCACUGGAGGUUUUGCCAAAUACCUCUUCCCCAAUAACGGUCACUCUCACUCACCCUUUUCUUUCUCUUUCAGUAUUUUUCAAGCAUUUCCUGCAGACAGAAAAAGGGUAGAAGCAGCAUUAAGUGCUUGCCAUCUUCCAAAGGGCAAGGUAAGAAGUAUAUUCUCCAUAGCCCAGGCCUCAUAGUCAACAAACAUGUCUGCCCAACAAAUUUAUAUUAAUUUUAUACCAGCUUAUGUCUUCUUCCAAAGACUUUUGGGAAUUGUAGGUUGGAAAGUUCUGUUCCAGGUGCCUAACUUCCCAGGUUCCUUGAGGAAACUGAAUGGCAGUUAAACCAGUUUAAUUCUAUGAAGUAUAGAUGCCCAUUGCUAACACAGCAGUAAAACAGCUGUAAAAAAAAGUCUGUUUUCUGCAUUACUGUACAGCAUGCAGUGUGCCACAGUACAACACUGCCUAUUUAGAGCUAAAAUGCACAUAGUGUUAAAUGUAUCUUUGUAUUUAACUAGCUGUGUGUGUGGAGGGUGUGUGUGUCUGAUGAUUAUUUGGAUCCCAGGAACUGUGAAGACAGAAUUUACCAAUGUCCAACUCAAUAGAUCCCUCUUGGUUUGUCUCAGCCUUGGAAUCUCUUAGCUCAACCUCAGAAGGUAUUUGUGUUCAGUGAGAGGUCUCAGUCCUAGAGUACACACACACACACACACACACACACACACACACAAAAUGAAAACAAGAAUGUGUAUGAAUGCAUGUAGAGCUGAGUACAGUGUAUUUAUUCUUUACUACUGAAUGAUGUGCACCUGGCACACUUUUAUUAUUAUUUAUUAAAUUUGUUAGUUGCUUUAUCUUGCCAAGACAAACCAAAAUGACUCACAAACAACCAAAUGAACAACAGCAAAACCCCACAUAGAUACCCUGAAACCAAGUGAUAGUGGAGGUAGAAAUACAUUUAAAGCAUGUGUAUCUGGGCCUGGGCAGGGAAGGGCAUCCAGGACAGAGGGCCCAACUUCCAGGGUAGGCUUUGGGCCCCUUCAUUUUGGAAAUGAAGUCCACAAAACAGUUGAUAACAGUCAUCAAGAAUUGCUGUUCUGCUUCCAGAAUGACGGCAUCAAUCCAGAGGACUUCCCUGAAGCUGUGUACAAAACGUUCCUGAUGAAUCUAUGUCCUCGCCCAGAGAUCGACGAGAUAUUUACCUCACAGUAAGCCUCCAUUAUGUAGCAGCCAGCAUGUGUGGGAGAGAAGGGAUACUGCACAGGCAAAGGGAGGCUGUGAGAACCAGCUGGAAUUUUGCAGAUUGCUAGAUUGACAGCACUGUUACUUUUUAAAUGAAAAAGUGGUGAAGGGUAGCAAGAUUAUUCCUAUUCCUCCCACCUGUACUAUCCAGUACAGAAUUAUACUGUACUAUCCAGUACAGAAUUAAGUGUGCUUACGGUCAGACUAAAUGUGAGCAUGCUGUUGCCAUCUCUAACUAUAAUGCCUAAUUAUCCCCAUAACUUCUACUUACACCAACAUUGCAGUGCAUAUUUCUCCAGCACCCACUUCAUGCUAUUGGAUGACUGUUUUAGCAUGAUAAAUCCCCCAGUCCCCCCACAUCUUGUAGUACUGCUGAUACCAAAUGUAAAGUAUCAGACAGGGCAAGGGUAAGAAGGAACUAGUCAUGUCAAAACAACAAAUAAGUGUAGGAAAAGUUGUCUCCCUGCUAAGAGGGAUUUUCCAGAACAUCUAAAGACACCACUCUCUCUUUGUCCUUUUUCCAUUAUCUCUGCUUAGCCAUUCGAAAGCCAAGCCGUACAUGACCAAAGACCACUUGACAAAAUUCAUUAACAAGAAACAGCGAGAUUCUCACCUCAAUGACAUGCUUUUCCCCCCUGCCAAGCCACAACAGGUACAGGGUCUCAUAGACAAGUAUGAGCCCAGUGGGAUGAAUAUUCAAAGAGGUGAGUUUAUUUUUUCCAUCAGCAGAAGUAUGUAUCGUAAUAUUGUUGUUAUUAUUAUUUCUAUAUCACUACAAUUCCAGGGCAAAACCCCCUAAAUGGAUUACAACCAUUCUUAAAACAUCAAAUGUAACAUUACAAAAGCUCAAAAUAAAACAUUGCAAAUGAAAACCAGAUAGAGAUGGUCAUAGAGGUCCACUUUUAAGGCCGCCAGGGAUGGCCUGCCCACAAGGCUCAGUGAGGCAGUUGCUUCAGGGCAGCAGGCUCAGGACAGCUGGGAGGGACAGCAGAUCUGGGUCCCUGAGGAGCUCCUUCCCUGCCUCCUCCUCUGGCGCCACCUCCGCCUCGCCUUAUCCCACUCACCACUGGCCUCCAUUUUGGCCUCCUUUUUAUUGGUGAUGGUGGCAGGAGGUGGUAGCGGAGGAUGAGGAGUCAUGGGUGGUGCAAAGUCAUUGGGAGAAGAGGAGGAAUCUGUUUAUUACAUGGAAAUCUUUCAGUAGCCUGGGCCUACAUCAGCUUAAAAUCAUUGGGUGUAUCUGACUAAAUAAUACUCAGAGUGGCCCCACUGAAAUCAAUCACUCAUUGCUUAGAUGGGCAGGAAUAUGCAAACUCAGUUCCUCCAGGCCCUUGUAUUUUGUUACCAGCAAUAGUAACAUUUUAAAAAUUAUCUUGCAGGGCAGCUGUCUCCAGAAGGAAUGGUUUGGUUCCUGUGUGGUCCUGAAAACAGUAUAGUAUCACAGGACAAACUCUUGCUGCACCAAGAUAUGAGCCAGCCACUCUCUCACUACUUCAUCAACUCGUCCCACAACACCUACCUAACAGGUAUGCAGCCAUGAGGAGAUGUGUCCAUUUCCACUAGCUGUUGUAUUGCAAGAGGGUAGCUACUGACCCCUGACUUAGCUUUGUAGCUUACUUUCAUUAUGAAAACUGUUCAUCAGGCCAUGACUUAUUUAUCACUAGCAGGGAAUGCCUGGCAAUGCCUGGGAAUUUGUAGAAACCAAAAAAUAUUAAAAAUUUUAAACAAUUUUUAAAUUUGUGAAUGGACCUAUCACACCAGAAAUCAGGCAAAGUCAUGUUUUGGUCCGCCAUCUUGAAUCAAAAUGGCAUUCAGCAUCCAAACACUGAUGAAGAUGGCUGCCCCUACCUUAGGAACCCUCAUGUCAAGUUUGUUAAUGAAGUGGCAGACCCUGUGCCAAAAACCAGGUAAAGUCAUGUCAAAAUCACAUUUUGGUCUGCCAUCUUGAUUCAAAAUGGCACCCGGCAUCCAGAUGUAGAUGAAGACCACUGACGCCACCUCAGCAACCCUUGUGCCCAGAUUGGUGAUGAUAUUUUGAAAGGUGUCCAAACAAAUAGAGAACAGAUGGACAAACUAUUGUCCAAAAUUUAUAGUAGAAUUGUCCAUGACUAUCUUUAUUUAUGGGACACGGGUGGCACUGUGGGUUAAACCACAGAAACUAGGACUUGCCGAUCAGAAGGUUGGCUGUUCAAAUCCCCGUGACGGGGUGAGCUCCCGUUGCUUGGUCCCUGCUCCUGCCAACCUAGCAGUUCAAAAGCACGCAGUGCAAGUAGAUAAACAGGUGCCGCUCCGGCGGGAAGGUAAACGGCAUUUCCGUGCGCUGCUCUGGUUCGCCAGAAGCGACUUAGUCAUGCUGGCCACAGGAACCGGAAGCUGUAUGCUGGCUCCCUUGGCCAAUAAAGCGAGAUGAGCGCCGCAACCCCAGAGUCGGUCACGACUGGACCUUUUAUCUUUAUUUAUAUGUAUGACACUGGCUUGAUGUGUAGAUAUUGUUUCAUGUUCCUUUUACGUAUAUGCUCUGCUUAUUGUUAUUUUUGUUUUGCUACAGUCCACAUGUCUUCUUCUGUCUACCUAUUCUGAAAUAAGUUAUAUAACAAUUCUUUUUUUUUAAAGGGUUUUAAAAAUAUAACAAUUUUCAAUACGACCCACAAUUAUAUAGCAUUGUGUGUGUGUAAGCAAUAUUUAUAAUUUUAAUCAUGUCAUAGGUGAAUUAAAGUUUUCUGAACUUUUGGAAAUGGAGAAGUCACAAGUAAUUCUUCAAAAAGAAAUAAAAGUUUUAAACAUUUGUGUAACAGAAAUGAGUUUCCCUUCUCUUCAUUCAAAAGAUGUGGCUGCAUAGACGAUGAUGACAGGCUUAUUUUUCCUCCUCUCCCCCCCUUUUUUUGCAGCUGGACAAUUUUCUGGAAUCUCCUCUCCCGAAAUGUAUCGGCAGACCCUAUUGGCUGGCUGCCGCUGUGUGGAACUUGAUUGCUGGAAGGGGCGUCCUCCAGAUGAGGAGCCUAUUAUCACCCAUGGAUUCACCAUGACAACAGAAAUAUUGUUCAAGGUACAGCUAUCUUUAGAUGGUUUUGGGUUUUUUUACUUUUGUUUUUAGAGAUUCCACAAAAUUUCAAAACGCAAAUUUUAAAAAAUGCUGAAAACAUCAACAUUCAUAGAAGAAACAGAAAAACAUAACAAACCUAGUCAGAUAAAGCGGAUAAAAUCUGUGAAAAUAAAUAUUCUUUGCCUGGUGCCAAAAUGACAUCAGAGUUGAUUCCAGGUGAGUGUAGUGGCAGAGAAACCCUCUCCAACACCCGGAGUGAGACCUGGCGGCACACGCAUGACGUCCGUACAGUGUGCGCAUGCGCGGCAGCCCAUACGGUCGCUGUGUGAGAGGCAGCCCAUACCAACGCCCAUACGGACAGCGCACGAGAACGGCAGCCUGUAUGGAUGCCACGCGAGCAGCGCCCAUACUAACUGCACACACGCCCUCUGCAGCUGGGGGGGGGGGCAGCAGGCCAUCUUGUCACCCCCCAGAGUGGUGCCUGGGGCAGCUCCCCCUCUGCCCCCCCUUCAUACGCCCCUGGGUGAGUACCUGGCAAGGACAUUAAAAAAAUCAGUCCACCACCACUGAGAAGCCUCUACCUGAUAGCCACUCAGUGUAUCUACCUCAGGCAGUGGGAGAACCCAGAACAGGGACUCUGAUGAGUAUUCCUAUGCCCCACAAAUAACCCAGAGAUGCAUUUUAAAUAAAAGGACACAUUCUACUCAUGUAAAAAUACACUGAUUCCUGGACCGUCCACGGGCCAGAUUAAGAAGGCGACUGGGCCGCAUCAGGCCCACGGGCCUUAGGUUGCCUACCCCUGCUCUAUACUAAGGCCUAGACUGAGUACAAAGAAUGUGCUAACAACCUUAGCCAGACAUUAGGGCUCUUUGCAAUGUAAAGCGUCCAUAUUUUCAGAUUGCUUUAUUGGUUUGUUCACACACACCCAGCCCCCAUUUUCAUUUAUCAGUGUAAGAGCUAUUCCUUCUUGCGUAGUCAGCUUCUACUCAUCUAUGCCAUCUGACAUCAAAUAAAAUACAGUAAAAUGUAUUUUCUUUGUGGCUUACAGUUAUGAAUUUACUUCCUUUUUUUUGCUGGUAAAAUGGGGCAUGUCUUACAAAGCGGAAUUGUUUUAAUUUAACACCAAAGAUACACCAAUAUAGCAAACUGAAAACCUGGGUCUUAUGCAGGCAUAGGCAAACUUGGCCCUCCAGAUGUUUUGGGACUACAACUCCCAUCAUCCCUAGCUAACAGGACCAGUGGUCAGGGAUGAUGGGAACUGUAGUCCCAAAACAUCUGGAGGGCUGAGUUUGCCUAUGCCUGGUCUUACAUAUGCAAGUUUAGUACUUAGAACAUAUACAUCAUUAGUGACCCAACUAUCUGCUCAAUGUCUGCUAUGUGACCCAGAGUCCUGAUGUCUACCUGCAUUUUUUCUCUCCCGAGCUUUUUGAAGACCUUGAAAAGCCUUUUUUCUGGAUGCAAAAGUGCGCAAAGCAUAUCUGUUCCGGCAGGCAUAUCCAGCUAGAUUAUAGUGGACUAGUACCUCCAACAGUAAUUGCAUCAGCAGGGAAUGAGCAAAGUUGAAAGGCCGUUUCCCCUUCUCCUACUUUAAUGAUUAGCUUCUCUAUUAUGCUUGUGGUUUUGGUGUUCAUAAUUUCACAUUCCAGAUCUUAUGACAUCACGGUCCCCUUUACACUGCACCACCCAAUCUGCAAAACAAACAGAGUGCUAUUGUGCUUCACAAGAGCUAUAAUUACAUGGAAGGAUUGCUCUGCACCACAACAAUGAACCUUGCAAAGGAAUUACAGGCCAUUAACACAGCAUGCACCUUUCAUUAUAGCUUAAGUAAUGUAUGUUUCCUCCCCUCUUCCUAUGGCUGCCUUCCUCUCCAAAAUAGUUGUAGGUGGGGGAGGUGACACUCUCCUGCUUUCAACCUGCAGCACUUUCCUUUGAAAUGCAGAUUAAGUACAGAGGCACCAUAACAUCCUCCUCCUAGUUCUCUGCUGCUUGUUCAAUCAGGAACAGUUGCUUAGCAAGAGGUAAUAUCAAGUCCCAGGCCAUGUUGAACCUUAGUACUAACGCUGCAUAUCAAGGCUCAGCUUCCACAAAGAAGUCAUAAAACAGCACAGUAUACAAUUGCACUUCCCCCAUCUCUCUCUCUGUCAUAAAUAAGAAAUUAUGUGAGGAAAAAAGAUUAGGACUUGGCUAGCAAAGUUCUUGAUAGAUAGAUGAGAGAGAGAGAGAGAGAGAGAGAGAGAGAGAGAGAUGAUAGACACAAACUACAUACAAACUACAUGUUACUCUGCAGCUCCAUAUAAUGAAGACCUGAAAGGCCCUGUCUCCUUUGCAAGUGCCCUCAGGUGUUGCAUUUUCUUUAAAUGAGGAAGGUGAUGGAUAGUUUUUGUCCAUCACUUCUCCAGAGCCAGCUCCCACUUCUGAGGGCACUUUGCUGCAGGCCCUUAUGGCUUUACUGCAUGCAGCUGCAGUGUAACGUGUGGUUUCCCCCUUAGUACCAGGAGAUCAUGAGGGAUAGAACCAUCAAACCGAAAUGUGACAAGAAUGCUGCUGCACCUGGACUUAAAAGAAUGAAUAAAAAUUGAAAUAGUCUCAUCAUCCAAAUAUAAGGGGAAAGUAAGUAAUGAACUGCCAUCUAGCGUACCGGUAAUUUAAAACUUUACUAUGCUCUAUAAAGACAAAUCACUGCUCUCUAAGACAGCCAUUCAAAUCAGGUUGAAUUUAAACUCGACAGAUGACAGCAAAAGUAUUUCAAUUACUUGUCAACAAUUUUUAGUAUCAACAGUGGGUUUUGCAGUGUACAGAACACAGAUAUGGCCUCUGUCCCCAAGGGACUUACAAAUUACAGUGGUACCUUGGGUUACACACACCUCAGGUUACAAACACUUUGGGUUACAGACUCCGCUAACCUGGAAGUAGAACCUCGGGUUAGGAACUUUACCUCAGGAUGAGAACAGAAAUUGUGCGGAGGCAGCGCAGCAGCAGGGGGAGGCCCCAUUAGCUAAAGUGGUACCUCAGGUUAAGAACGGUUCAAGGUUAAGAAUGGACCUCCGGAACUAAUUAAGUUUAUAACCAGAGGUACCACUGUACAAUCUACAGCCUAAGAUGAUAAAAUGAAUAAAUGCAAUCUUUUCCUAUAGGCCUCAACAGAUGAUAGCUUGAGGCUUCAUAAAGCAGAAGACAGGAACAAGGGUCUGAGUGCUUCUCGCUCGCUUGCUCGCUCACUCCUCCUUCUCCUGUUGCACACUUAGUUCAGUGUGGCAAUUCUGGCAUGUAUUAAACCAGAAUUCCCUGUUACUUCUGAACUGAGGAACUCUGGGUUAAUAUCAGUUAACAAACCUGGAAAAUGAUCCGGAGUUACAUUGACACUGUAUGACAUAAGCCACAUAUCAUAUCAUAACGAACACGUGUGGCAAACUCUCAGUGGGAUGCUGGCUCUGCUCCUGACCAUCAUGUGUUCAGCAGGAUGCAUACAACUGCACAUGCAUGUAGCAAUACACACAAAAGGCUCUCUUUCUGAGAUCACAAGCCACGUGGGAAUGCUGUUGUAUAUGCAGAGGCCCUAUGCAGAUAUCCAAUGAAUGCAGAAUCCCUCUGUCCCCUCUAUCAAUUUGCUAUGAUAUCUACAUAUGGACCAUGGAGGGAGGUGCUCAUGGUGAGUUCCAGCACCUCUGUUCACUGUAUAUGGUUAUAGAAACGGGAGGCCCUUUAAAAAGCUUUGGAUAUAUCAUAAGGUUCAUACUGGAAUGACUGAUGCCAUUCUGAAAGCUGGAUAACUACCAAGAACAAGGAGUUCCUUGGUUUGCAAAGUACCAAUAUCUUUUUCUCAUUUGCCUCAUGUCUUAUGCAGGAUGCAAUUGAGGCUAUUGCAGAAAGCGCUUUCAAAACCUCCCCUUAUCCAGUGAUCCUGUCCUUUGAGAACCAUGUGGACUCGUGAGUAUUAAGUGUCUGCUGAUUAGAGAAAAAGCUGAGAUUGCAUUCUGGACAAAGGGUAGAGGGGUGGGUAAGAAAUGUGUCUAGUCAGAAUAAGGUAAAAGAAUGUUGCUGCACUGUUAGAACCCACUUACCUGGGAGUCAGCCCCUUUCAACUCAAUCAAACUUACUUCUCAGAAGUUAUUAGGAUACAAUGGCACAAGCAUGGCAGAGAGCGGCAACAUUUUAAUUUGCAUGGGACAGUUGUUGUUUAGUCGUUUAGUCGUGUCCGACUCUUCGUGACCCCAUGGACCAGAGCACGCCAGGCACUCCUGUCUUCCACUGCCUCCCACAGUUUGGUCAAACUCAUGUUUGUAGCUUCGAGAACACUGUCCAACCAUCUCGUCCUCUGUCGCCCCCUUCUCCUUGUGCCCUCCAUCUUUCCCAACAUCAGGGUCUUUUCCAUGGAGUCUUCUCUUCUCAUGAGGUGGCCAAAGUAUUGGAGCCUCAGCUUCAUGAUCUGUCCUUCCAAGUGAGCACUCAGGGCUGAUUUCCUUAAGAAUGGAUAGGUUUGAUCUUCUUGCAGUCCAUGGGACUCUCAAGAGUCUCCUCCAGCACCAUAAUUCAACUAAGCUUGGGCAAACCAUGCAUAUGCUAAGAGACAGAUGGGGAUUUGGGAGUAUGAAGCAGGGAAGUUGCCAGUCUUCAGGCUUGACAUGUGUGUGUUUUAUACCUAUAUUUUCUUACAGGCCGAAGCAGCAGGCUAAGAUGGCUGAGUACUGUAGAACAAUAUUUGGGGACAUGCUGCUGACAGAGCCACUUGAAAAAUUUCCAGUAAGUGACUAGGGAUGCCAAAUUGCUACAUGGGAUGAAGUUAUCGUGCAAGCAGGUGUUAGCUUGGCCUGAAGCUGCCCUGGCAGUUUGUGCUACAUCUUCACUAGAGGAGUGAUGCAAAAACCUAAACUUUGCAUGAAUGCUAACCUUUUUCUUAUCUUUCGGGCAGUUAAAACCAGGAGUCCCACUGCCAAGCCCACAGGAUCUCAUGGGGAAAAUCUUGAUUAAGAACAAGAAGAAUCAGUUCAUACCUGGGGAGAACCAAGAGACUCUGAAGAAAGCAAGAAGUCUGGAGGAUGUCAUGACUGAUCAGCCCACACCAGUAGACAAGGAUAGCAUAGGUAGUAUAUUCCAUAGGGAUAGCCCUGUUAAUCUUUCGUAGCAAGAGCAACAGUGUUGUGACACCUUACAGGCUAACAAAUGUUAUUACUGCAUAAGCUUUCAUGGACUAGAGUCCACUUCAUCAUAUACAGGGUACAUUAUGACAAGGGAUGGGCCUUACUUGGGGAGGGGGGUGGGAAUUCAGAUAAGCCUGGAAUCAAUUUUUAAGGCUCUGACAUAAGCACAAUUAUUUGAUGUGGAAACAGAGGGCAACACUGCCAUUUUAGGACAGAAUUUCACUUAUAAGAAUGAGUGGCUUUAUCAGUGACUUCAAAAGCGUCUCCAAAGUAGGUAUGAGGAAGAGGAAAUCUGAUUCAGUUCUCACUUAAAGGUGAGCCUGUAGACCUCCAGAUUUGGUAGAUGGAUUGGGAAGGAUGGAAAUUGCAGUCUGAAGGAAUUUCAGAUCCUAAAGAAGAUUUUAGACAAAUAGUUGGCAGAUCUUGGUUGCAGUCAUCGGUGGUAACUCCAUGGGGCACUGGGUGCCUGAGCACCCAUAAAAUUCCCCAUAAAGGGGCUAGACACCUACAAAUUUCAGUGCCAGGGCCAUGCACGCUGCAUCGCACACAUGGCCCUAGGCACCCACGGUCACGGGGCCAAGUUGGUACUCCUGGUUGCAGUCAUCACAAAUGAACUAAUUUCUGUUUUGAUUUAUCAGUAAAGUCAGGUGAGGUGACUGAAGAAGUGUCUGAAGUAGAGGAAGACAUGGGAAACCUGGAUGAAGAGGAGAUUAAAAAGAUGCAAUCUGAUGAGGUACAAUUAUUGCUCUUAGUUUAAAGAACUCUUGAAAAGUAACAUUUUUUUGUUUUUUAAAAAAUCUUCCUACUUUCCUGCUGUUUGGUAGAAUUGAGCUUUCCACCUGUCCAGGACUGGUCCAAGACAUCGUGCUGCCUGGAAGUCUACACAUUCCCCACCCCCUGUUCUCUAUGGGCCAAUUCGGAAGUCCCUGUCCUAGCAAUACUGCUGAGGCAGGGGAGCAGCUGCACACACCCCCACCCAUUUGUGCACUCCGGUCCUCAUCCGACUAGAGAGACGCACAAAGGAGAUAGCUUGCUUCUGCAUAUCUGUGCUUCUCCAGCUGGAUCAAAGCCAACUAUACUCAAGGAAAAAGAUAUGUGGUUCUCAUUGACUGUUCUUCUGAGUUCUACCCACUACUUUCUGAUUCUGUUUAGGGCUCUGUCUGCCACUGGGCUUUGUCAUUUUGUCUGUCUGUUUGUAUGAUAUGCCUUUUCCUCUAACUGUCCUAAUUUUGCUUAGGGUACUGCAGGUCUAGAAGUGACAGCAUAUGAAGAAAUGUCCAGCCUGGUUAAUUACAUCCAGCCCAUCAAAUUCGAAUGCUUUGAAAACUCAGCACGUAAGCAAAGAUUUAUUGUCUCUGUCCUAUUGAAUGUCAUGUUUUCAGGUAUUUAGAGCUAUAUACUCUAUCUGCAUGCAUUUGGGUGUCAUCUGUUGGCUCCACUGUAAAGGUUGAACAACAAAUUACAUGCUUUUGGAAUCCUGUGUAGAGAAAAGAAGUCUUCCGAAGGUGGUGUGGAGCAGAGAAGGUGGCAGCCCAAGAAAGGUGUUAAAUACCUCCCUCUUGCUGAUUCUGUGCUCCAAAUUACCUACUUCACAAAACUGUAUUUCCUUAAAACAAAACCAACUAGUUGUUAGGGGGUUUAUUUUAAGAAAAUGCAGUUUUCUUAAGACUGGACAAAGGUGGUGUAUCUAGAGGGGGAAGGGCAAGUAGACCAGGUGAAAUUCAGAACAGGCAUGGAUUUAGGGCAGAGCAAGACAAGGUGCAGUAGAAAAUGCAUCAGGUUUGGAGCACAGUCAUGCAGCACUAACCAGCCUCCUAACAGAUUAUUCUUACUUCCCUUUUAUAGAGGUUAUUAGGAGGCUAGAGUUGCAGAAGUAGACUGACCUGUAGAUAAGUGUUCCUGGCUUGCAGCCCCUGAAUCAGAUGCUUUUCUUCAGUAUGGCUGUGUAAACCCAGAAAAAUUCCCCUGCACCUGGAGUUACUCUGGUAUCUGCCCCAAUGUAAUUGAGAACUGAAAGGGAGAAGAUUGCAUACUUGAAACCAUAUAUCAUGAGCCAUGUUUUCAUUACAUCUGCCAAAGCAUAUCAAAAGAUUCAUGAGCUUGGGUGAAGUAUUGAGUGUCCUUGAAAGGAUUUAUGGAACUGAUGGGAAGCCUGAUGAAAUGCAGAGCUUCCCCCCCUCCAAGUUUUGAUUCCCAACUGAUUUAGUGUCAGACAAAAAGCUGGGGGCUUCUGAAUCCUCAUAUUUUUACUAAAUAAAAUUGCGGACUGCUCUAUGCUACAUAAAACUCCUGGAAAAGAAGUCUGGAAAUGGAACAAAGGACUAAUAAAGAUUAUGCACUUACUAUAAAAUAAGCUUCUUCUUCUAAAAAUAUUAGGCAACAAUAGCUGAUUCUAUUCCAAAAAAGGACCAGCAGCUCCAGAUCCUUUAUACCAAUUACUUCUAAGCCUUCUGCCCCUUUCCUGAAUCUAGAGUAGCCAUUCCCAUCUUCAAACAUAGCAAAGCAAUGCAGGUGGUCUCACCUUAACAUAAGCAGAGAACUACUGUCAUGCUAUUGCAGAAGCCACACAUGUGGCAAGGCCUCCUGAACUAGGGCAGAUAGGUGGACAGGUUAAAUGCAGGAAGAAAAAGAGAAAGUAAAAAUUAAAAAAUGUCAUGGACGGGUGUAUAAGGGACACCGUGGAACACUUUGCAGUGGAAUUAUGGGCACCAUCCCUCUAGGUUUCAAAAAUGUGCCAAUAGUCCUUCUUGCAAGAAAUGCUGUUUACAUACAGAUUUGAUUAGCAGUUGAUUACUGAUUACUUCCACAACCAAAACACUUGCUCAGGUGAUACUGUAUGAGGGCUUCAAUGCCGCUUAAGCGACUCCCUUGGGAAACUAUCAUGCAGAGAAAGGUCCUCAAAUCAACCUCCAUCAAAACCCAAAUCAAACUUGAUAUUUUUUACUUCUCUGCGUCAGAGGAUCAUGCAUAGACAGUGUCUUUAUUUGUGGAUAGCAAGGGGCUGAUAGUGAAGAAAAAAUGGUAGAAUAGGAGGAUCUGGAGCAUUGGGCGUGAUUUAUGUUUACCUUGCUUGUUCUUCCAGAGAAGAACCGGAGUUAUGUCGUUUCCUCCUUCACUGAGAUGAAGGCUUAUGACCUGCUGACCAAAUCGCCCAUCCAGUUUGUAGAGUAUCCUUUUUCUUUUUUCUUUGGUGCACCUGCAAGUGCACCUAUUCACAUAUUUAAAAGUUUGUUCUAGGUCAUGUCACAUGCAGCCAAUCAUAAUAUUACUGUCUGGAAACAAAAGGUUGUAUCCAACAAAGUUGUCCUGUUUGCACAAGGACUUACUAUGAAACUGAACAUAUCUCUAUCCUCUCCCUGUGUGGCCCUGCAAACCCACACCCAUACCCACCCACCCACCCACUAUUUGCUCUGCAGAAUUUAGGGAAACCCCAGAACAGAUCUGAGAAUGCACUGGGGAGGAAAAGGGGACGCUCUGUUCACACAAGUGGAAGUUCUUGCAUGAACAGGAAAACUUCAUUGGAUAAAAUCUACUGCUACCUUCCAUGACUCAAGGCCAGUUCCCAAAAUGGGUAUUCCUUAGAACUAUUAUAUAUAAGGUGUACCUAUUGAUUUCUAUACGAUUCACACAGAAGUCGAUUUUAGCUUUGCAGCACUGUGAUAUUAAACUUUAGUAAACCUUUAAAAACAUUUUAGCUGUGUAGUGUUCUCUUCCAAGUGCUGGCCACAGCAAUGUGAGGGGCGGGGAGUGCAGGGCCACAGCAAAGUUUCAUGUUCCACCAAACAAGAGCCAGGCAAGUCAAGGUAAAUAAAAACUCCAGACUGGUGAAGCAAGGGAAGAGUCAGAAUAUAGGCAGCACCCUGGACAGCUCCAUGAAAAGCUCAUACUGGGAACCCUGUAAGAGCAAAACUGCCAAGGGCAUAUAUACUGCAAUAAACUUCGGAGAUGGGACUCCUAUUAGGAAAAUUCAGCUACAACAAGAGGCAGAUGAGCCGAAUUUAUCCCAAGGGCACCCGGAUGGAUUCUUCUAACUACAUGCCUCAGAUGUUCUGGAAUGUUGGCUGUCAAAUGGUGGCAUUAAACUUCCAGACAACUGGUAAGUGGUGCACCUCCUACCAUCCCUUCCUGUUCCUAGGCUAGCAAUAAUUUUCUGACUCUCUUAAUUUCACCACUACCCAUAAAUUUCCCAGAGGUGCUUCACUACCCUGCUAUGUCUGUUUCUUUCUUUCUUUGCCUUUUCUCUUUUCUUUUCUUCAUUUGUGUUCCUUCAUUUAUGUUUAUUAUUAUUACUGGGUGUCGUCCUCCCCUAUAUUGGAUAUUUCCCCAUAUCACCCAAAAAUGCAAGGGGUCAACAUCAAAGCUUGCUGCAUGUAAUUAGAGAUCUUUCCAAUGCAAAGUUUCCACAUGUGCUGAAGACAGAUGUUUUCAAAAGAAAGGGCUGCCAGCUGUGCAGUUUGGCACACCUGAUUUUUGCCAUCCCCUCCAACCUGCCAAAGCCCUGCUUCCUUCCCAAAAUGCUGCUCCUGAGAAUUGGGAGACCCUCUGGAACAGAAUGGGAUGGGGCUGCAGUAUUGGGGGGGGAAAGACUGGUGAAAAUUAGGUGCCCCCAACUUGCUCAUGGAAGGGCUUUUUGCUAAAUUAAACCUACCUUUGGAUAUAAUCCAGGUGUCCUUUCAAAGGAAGCAGGUGGGGUCAAAGGACUGCCUGUAACACAAAUGAAACUGUUUCCUUUUGCCUCAAGGGCCAGUCCAGAGUCAUCUGAUAGAAUAUGGCAACCCAGAAAUGAAGUUUCAACAGGCAUUUUUUUUACAUACAGAGAUAUAGAUAUAAAAGUGACCCACAGUGACUUACAAAAUGAUACAAACAUUAAAUCCAAGUAUAAAAAACCAGAACAAAACUUAAAGCUAAAAAACAACCCCACAAUAUAUAUAAAAAGGCAGGUCUAACACAGAACAGAACACAGCCCACCCCACUGAAAGUUAAACAAGAAAGAGGCCACAAGUAUUCCUAUUACCUAAAAUCUGAGAUUGAUAAGGACAAAUUGCCACAGGGUGAUUUUUGUCCCUGAUAGAAAUGACUAUAUAGACUCACCCUAGGGCUCAGAACUUCUUAAGACUGGAAAUAUAUAGGAAGCAGGCAGGGAGGGACAUUGGAAAACAGUGGCAAUAUCAAUACUUCCUGAUGGAAAGGCAGAAAGGCAUCACCUCAGGGUGAGCACCUUAAAGGCUAAAUCAGCAUACACAGAACAGUAAGUGGAGCUCAUAAUGUAAUUCAGGUAGGAGGGCACUAACCUCUUUGGAUAUUGAAUGGCCAGGUACAACUGAAGUAGAAUUCACAGAUUCUAUUCAGAUGUGAGGUUUUUUGUUGUUCUUGUAAUGGGAGAAAUGGAGUACAGUGGUGCCUCGCAAGACGAAAUUAAUUCGUUCCGCAAGUUUUUUCGUCUAGCGAAUUUUUCGUCUUGCGAAGCACGAAAUCCCAUAGGAAUGCAUUGAAAUUCAAUUAAUGCGUUCCUAUGGUCAAAAAAAGUCCAAACAAAGCCAAAUUUGGUACAACAAGAGUUUAUUAAGUGCUCUUUAAAGUCACACAUACUGUAAAGAGCAUUUCAAAAAUUGAAGGAACAAUAAAUUAAGUUUCUAAACAUGACAGAAAAACAUUUAAAAAUCAACAAAGUGUACAGUACAUUUUCUAAGACUCUGGGACAACUCGAAGAAGGUUCCUCUUCCACUCUUUGCUUCUUGCUGAAGAACCCCUCCUCAACUGUUCCCCCAGCCACCCACCACACAGAAAUUCAAAUCCAGAAUUUUUUUAAAAAAACAGCAGAGUGGCCCAAUGGUCACAGAAAAUCAUAAAAAUGCAGAAAAAAACCACACAAGCUUCCAGAUUCUUGCAAACCCCUCCCCAACUGUUCCCCCAGCCACCCACCACACAGAAAUUCAAAUCCAGAAUUUUUUUAAAAAAACAGCAGAGUGGCCCAGUGGUCACAGAAAAUCAUAAAAAUGCAGAGAAAAAAACACACAAGCUUCCAGAUUCUUGCAAACCCCUCCCCAACACCAAGUCCUUGAAUUCCAAACACCCCAACCCAAAAUCCAAAACCCCCAAAAAGUUUUAAAAGUUUAAAAGAAGUUGUGGAAAAGCUUCAAAAAUCACCAAAGUCUUCAAAAACCUCAACAAAGGCUACCACACCGCGUUCUAUGAGUUGCUCCUCGAAGUCAAGUCGCAACUGUAUUAACGGUGUUAAGAAAAAGGAAACAAACUUGCAAGACGUUUUCGUUUUUCGUCUUGCGAAGCAAGCCCAUAGGGAAAUUCGUCUUGUGAAGCAGCUCAAAAAAUGGAAAACCCUUUCGUCUAGCGAGUUUUUUGUCUUGCGAGGCAUUCGUUUUGUGGGGCACCACUGUAUAUAUUGUGUAUAUUGACAGUACGAGUGCAGCACUUCAUCUUGCCUACAGCAGUUACCAUAUGUUGCUGGUGCAGAUGACAUUACCAGAUGCUUGUUGCAGUGCUAAUAUAGCAAGUCAGAGCACAUAAGGGAUGCCUGACCUGCAGUGGAUGUGUAAUGUAGUGCAACAUCUGUGACCCCCCUCAUAGCUGCAGCCUUGCAUAGUUUGAUCUACUCUCAUUUCACUGUGAGGAAGGGAAAGGGUUCAGUCUCCCUUGGAACACAAUGGCCAGUAUGACUUCUGUUCCCUCUCUUCAGUAAUUUUCCUUUCUUCCUUACACUCAUGCAUAGAAGAGCAGAGUUGUGUGAUGAGGAGAAGAGUGGGAGGAAAAGGAAAGGAUAAAGUGAACAGAUGGGAACUUGCGGGGAGGCAGUGUAAUAAAUUUGGGAGAAAGGGAGGCAGGAUGAAUCAAAAAAAGUACACAAGAGAAUGAAGGUGUCGAUGGAAUUGUAAGAGGAAUGGGACAAGGAAUGUAAUGAGAAAGUGGACUGAGGUGUUCAUUCAUUUUAAAACUGGAUAUCCAAUAGAAGUGGCAGGAAGAUGCAGUUUUCCUCAUUAUCUUCCAUUCUUCCUUAUUAGUUUGAUUUAUUGUCCUAUGUAUCUCAGUGCCUGUGUGCAAACAUCCACCAGCACUUUACUCAUGAAUGUUUUCCUACAUCAGUAUCAUUUCCAUUUAGGAGAAAGUUUUAUAUCAUCACAUGUGACAAGUACAGAUGUGCUUCUUUCACCACAUGUGUACAGUCAAUUUGCAGCUUCCCAGCAUGUGUACAUGGAAUGAAGCAGAUGUACAGCUUUCAUACAUGAUGGUGCCUAUAUAUAUAUAUUUCUACACAUAGGUGACAUCAGUGUUGGAACAUAAUUAUUAGUGAGGUAUACAUCUCAUGAAAUAGGCUGCUGUGUGGAGUUAACUCUGCAAUAAACCGAUUAGAAUGCCAUGGGGUUUACUCCUGAGUAGAUGUAUGUAGGAGUGCACUCAUAUAAAGGUGCCAGAGCAGUUAAAAACAAAUGGGCACUUUCAGAAUCUGUGCUGGAACGUGGCCCUAUAGUUGAAACUUGAGUAAGCCCAUAGGUGGCUAAUCCCCUUUAUGUAAAGCACACUGAGGACUCUGAAAUGAAUAUGCUGCUGAAGCACAAUUUCAUCUGCUUUUCAUUCAUACUAUACAUACAUGCUAACAGACACUCCUACCUAUUUAUUCCUGUUGGCCUGCUCCCUUAACAGAUAUUCCCAUGCAGCAGAAUCUGGCUCUCUUUGAAUUCAAUGGGCAGAGCGGCUAUAUUCUCAAGCAUGACUUCAUGCGUCGCCCAGAUAAGCAAUUUGACCCUUUCUCUGUGGAUCGCAUUGAUGUGGUGGUGGCGAGCACACUCUCAAUAACAGUAAGUAACAAGCGCUAGGUUGCUUCUGGAUUUAGAGCCCUUUAAACAGGGGUAUAAUCCCGAGGCCCCAAGACAUUUAUCACCCAGCAAGGCUCUUUGUGGAAAAACGCACCUGCAGUAACCUGCAAAGUGGUAUUUUGAAAAAGGCUAGUUUCCUUCAGUGUUUAAAUGUAGUGAAUCAAAUGAAAAUGGAGAAUGAGCAAUAGAAAGAUGACACAAGUAGCACUAAAGCAAGAAAAUGCAUCUGAAGGAUUAAAGUAGAGAAGAACCACAAACUAAGGACUUUCCCCAACGAACUAAUUAUUGUGUAAUCAUCCUGAUUUCACAAAGUUUGCAUGGAGGUUAUACAACAUUGUACUGAGCAGUCGUUAUCUCACAUUUGGCAGCUUUUCAGUGUGUUUUCUCAUCACUUUCCUUCCUGCAAAAAGUUCAAGUUGUGAGAUGAGGGGGGAUUGUUGCACCAGAGUGGCAAUUUCACUUUAAUUGUGCAAUAUGUAUUUUGCCAGUAUGUAAUUGAAUUCCAUCUGCAAUAUAGUGACAGUCUCUAAUGAUAUAACGAUGGAUGAUGUAAACUGGGUUUAAGUAAAUGCUCUGUUGAUCUUGUUUCCAUGUAUUCGUAGAUACUUUCUGGUCAGUUCCUCUCAGAACGUAGUGUGAGGUCAUAUGUAGAAGUGGAGUUAUAUGGACUGCCGGGUGAUCCAAAACGCAGAUACAGAACCAAGAUGUCACCAAAUGCCAACUCAAUCAACCCUGUAUGGAAAGAGGAUGCUUUUGUCUUUGAAAAGGUAACAGUGCCUCAUGCAACAGGUGUCUCUUCUAAGAACAAGCUUCUUUGACAGUUCUAGACUUCCAUGGACUGAGGUCAACUUUCCAACUACAGUGUAAAUAGGGUAUGUGGGGUUGAGUGAUCUAGGAGCCUCUUGCUUAUAUUUUACAUUUCCUUUGACAACUUUCAUGCACAGCAUUUUUUACAAUACUGAUUUCCUUCUUCCUAGCAACCUUGUGAGGCAAAUAAUUGACAUUUCCAUUUCACAGAUGGAGAACUGAAGCUGAGAGACUGAGGCUUAUCCAAAAAUUACCCACUGAGCUCUUGUCUGAACAAGCUUUUUAAAAUUAAAAUAUUCCAGAUCCAAGUCCACUGUUCUUAUUUUAUGAACCCACAAAAUAUUUUGUUCUGUGCUUUUAAAGUGGAACUUGCAAAUCAAAUGGACUAUGGAAAUAUACACUUGCUUUGUUGAACUAGAAGGCAUCUUAAUUUUAUUUCCCCCUCAUGUAUAAAUUUGGCAGCGUUGAUUAUUUUAGUUGACCCGGUCCUCUUGUAUUCCUGUAAUAGUAAGGACAUUUCUAGUUCUUAGUUCUUUAUCUCAGAGAAGGUUCUUUUCUCUCUAUAAAAAACCCCCAACCUUUUAUACAAAUUCCCCUGAACCUCCCAUAAUAGAAGUCCCCUCCUGCUUAUUCUCAUCAAAGUAAUUCUUAAGAGCUGUCUCAAUUCAUUCUCUAAUGUACUGAUUAGCAAGCAAAGCUGGUUUAAGAGACCAGGAAUGACUCAUUUCUAACUAUGAGCUCAAUGUAAAAGAAGUUGAGCCAGACGUGUGAUAUGUAAUUUUUAUAGAGCCAAUAUUUGUGGAUGUUACCAUAGCGAGUAGUGAGCUGGAAGCCGUAACGAAAUUGAUUCAGGUAUUUGUUUUAAAUUGGUAUGAAAUGAAAAGCUCACGUCUGUCAAGUCAAAUUCACUCUGCGUAUCUCGCAGUCCCCACCUCUCAAGGAGGUGCAAUAGUUUUAAGUUCCCUGCGAUCAUUGGAGGAGAGAUGCUGCCUGACAUGUAUAUUUUGUAGUGAGAUUCCCUAAUGUUUCAGUUUAGAUCACCUCCUAAGAUAACAUCUUCCUGUGCAAAGGAGUGAAGUUUCUACAGUGAAUGGUGAGGAAAUUUAGUUGUCUGUUGUUCAGGACAUAAACUUAGCCCAUUGUGAGCUGUUUAUUUAGGGUUAUCAUGUUUAAAUCAGCCAUACUCCUGUUUCAACAUUAUGAACCAUAUCUCAUACAGUUCUUCCUUCUUUCCCAAAACACAUAUUCCUUAUCACACACACUACCUCUGGUUAUGGGCGGGGGGGGGGGGGGAAUGUGUGCUAAAAAACCAAAACAAAAUAGGGAACGCUAAGCUGUUUUGUAUGCUUUGGCAUUUACUUAGAAUCAAUUAGGCUGAUACAAUGCUACAUUCAAAUCAGUGUUGUGCAACUGCACAAGCGCUAUGUUUUCUCAGCCAGCUAUAACCUACAGGACACUAGUAGGUUAAAUAAAACAUAGUCCGUUAUUACAGGGAACAGAGCUAGCAAAAACAAAUGAACUGGAAGUAUAAAAGAAAAUACUUGGACAAUCCAGGAGUUCAUGAUUCUUGAGAACUCCAUUUUCUAAAAUAUUUUAAGUCAAUUGAAGAUAAGCAUCAUUUGAUUCUUUCUUGACAGAUUUUGAUGCCAGAGCUAGCUUCUCUCAGAAUUGUGGUUUGGGAGGAAGGAGGCAAGUUCAUAGGGCAACGUGUCAUUCCCAUCACUGCUGUGCGUUCAGGUGAGAAUGGACUAUUUUUGAGAUUUCUGAAAAUGGACUUACUUUCUUCACUAGAUCAUUUGGUUGACUGGUAAUUUUUCUGCAUGAAUCCACAUGCCCUUCAUGUGUUAUAGGAUAUAUGUAGAAACUGCUAGUGGCAGUGAGCUUUGUAUUUGUUUCAUAUCUCUGUGUGUGUAAUCUCUGCUGGUAUUAAACUUGAUGCUUAUUAAUUUUACCAAAUGCCCUCUGCUUCUUCCCUUUCUAUAUAACUCAAUCAUAGCUGCAUCCUCUGUUAACUGAAAAAUCUAGCAAUUUAGUCUAUUUGUAUAUAAAAGCUGCUUGGUCAUUUUGCCUGUGCUUUUCUAGAGUCCUUUCACUAACUUCUACCCUAUCAUUUCCAGAGCCAUAAAUAUUCAUAGUGAGAAUGUGUCAUGGUUUGUAUAUGGAAAUUAUUGUUUUCCUCACCAGACUGAGACAUUGCCACAAUUAAUUGAAAUGAACGGAGCUUCCACAACUAUAGCUCAGUUGGUAGAGCAUGAGACUCUUAAUAUCAGGGUCAUGGGUAUGAGCCUCAUGUUGGGCAAAAGAUUCCUGCAUUGCAGGAGAUUGAACCAGAUGAUCCUUGUGGUCGCUUCCAACUCUACAAUUCUAUUAUUUGUGAUUCAUAACUCCUGGCCAUUUCAAUAGGACUUAUACAGGAUAACUUUCUGAGGGCCUGUGCUCCAUGAGUCAGCUCCCAUGCCCACUAUCCUUACUGGCAGGGCCGGCCCAUCCAUGAGAUAAGGUGAGGCAACCACCUCAGGCAGCAGAAUCCAGAGGGGCAGAAGAGCCAGACUCCAAGGAAAGCACUGUGGCAGCAAUGGUUGCAGUGUGCACCUGGGAGGUUGGAUGUGUCCCCUCCUCAGUGCCUGCCCCCCACCAUGCCACCUCCACAGCAGCCUCUUGGCAAAUUGGAGGUGCUACUGGUCUCCCCACACACUUAGUUCCUGAUGUAGAUCACUAUUGCCCCUUGUUCCUGAUGUGGAUCUUCACUCACCCCUUCUCCCCUGGUGGGGGCACCAUUUUGUGGUUCAGGUGCCAAAAUGCCUUGGGCCAGCCCUGCUUACUGGUACGCAGAACCUGCCAUUGCAGGUGACUUGCUGCACCUUGCAUCAUUCGAAGCUGACUUCUGAUUGCCUCCAGCAUUUUCCAAAACAGUCCCUCAGUAGCAUUCUGUUUGCCACCUGUUUCUAUUGGGAUAUGUGCUUUCUGUUUUAGGCUAUCACCAUGUUUGCCUUCGUAGUGAGAGCAACAUGCCACUUACAAUGCCUUCUCUCUUUGUGUAUGUGGAGAUGAAAGACUAUGUUCCGGAUUCGUGGGCAGGUACCGUAUUCCAAAAACCUGAAAGAGGGAUGUAGUUACCUUUUUUUUUAGUCACAUCUUCAUAAUAUCUACCCCAGAGCAGAAAAGAAAAACUACAAUAAUAAAAUGUACAAUGGCUCAGUUAAAAUCGAUAUAAAAUAGCAAAUGAUGUAUUAAUUAAAACAGCAGAAUGAAACCUGCAGAUAUUAGCAGAGUUUAAAUUGCAUCACCCUUAUAAUAUUAAAAAUGUGCAUCAUUCAAAUGCCUGAAGAAAUAACAAUGUCUUCCUAUGACAUUUCACUGAAAAGAUAAUCCAGCAGUUACCUGGGAAAGAGUUCCAUAUUGGGGGUGCCACAGAUCUGCCUUCUUGAUCUGCGAUGGUGGGGCUCAGUAAAAGUUCUUAAUAUUUGGGCAGGUUAAUAUGGGAGGUGAUCCUUACAGUAUCUGGAUUCUGUGCCAUGAAGAAUUUCAAAGGUUAAACCACCACCAUGAAGAAAAACGAGUUAGCAGUGUAGACCUUACUAGAAAAUGGUCUGACCAUGACAACUGGAUCACAACAAACCCUCCACUAUUGGCCCGCUUUCACCAACCCAUUACAAGCACCAGAUCCAGAAUGUGACUUGCCAACUCUGUAGGCCCUUUGAUAACUUGAGGCAUGAUGGUCAGGUGGUCAUUAUUUGUAAUAGUUGUUUCUUAAGGGCUGGCUGAUGUAUUCAUAAAUCCAGUGAUUUUCAUAAAUUUCUGGGAGAGGUGAAGUGGAAAUGUGUCCUGAGGUUUGGCUCAUGUGGGUAGCCAUCUCCUAUUCAUGAGGCAUGUGUCCCAAGAACACCAUUGCUUAAAGAGACACACCCCUUUUUCAGGGUUUACACCAGCUUAAGUUCCACUGGGCUCAGCAUAGCCAGCUGGGAUGUAGGGGAUGCUGAGAUGAGAAUGCGAGAGUUAAGCCGGUGUAGCCCAACUGUGCUGAAAACCCCUGGUUUAUCCAGAUAUAUGCUGAAUCCUAGCCUGCUCAUCCUGACAGAACUGGCAGUAGGGUUGUUCCCUUAAUGAACCUGUACUAUUAUACAUGAAUCUGGAGAACUGAGAGACUCAAAACUCAGGAUAUAUGAUCUCUAACAUACUCCUAGAAACAUAGCAGUAAGGAAUAAGUAGGAGAGGGAUGAUAUGAUAUUGUUGAAAAUCCUGGAUUAUUUCCCUAGAUCUCACCAUGGCGCUCUCCAACCCAAUAAAGUUUUUUAACGCACAUGACAAAAAAUCAGAGAAGAACCAAGAGGAUACUCCUGAGGUGAGUUCCACAGAUACUUUUAUUUAUUUACCUACUCAGAAUAAUUGCAUUCUACUUUCACUUGUACAGUUCAAGGUGACUAACAGCAGAAUUCAUGCAAUAAAAGCUGAAGUUACUGCAAAUGGCGCGUGUCAAAAAUGCCUGAAAUGGUAAGUAGAGAAGACGUGGAGGUUCCAUCUGGGUUUUAUUUGCUUAGGGGAAUCAAGAGCAGGAAUGUAGGAAGGGAACCAAUUCUUAAAAGGAGACUUUUUCGCCCUAGGAGGGGCAUACAGGCAGAAGCUGGCAGCAGAAUUUGGAUCAUGAGUAAAGUUCAGUUCCCAAGAAUAAUCUUAAAAUGAUGGUCCAGAAUUCUACCCAUUUUGGGUAUUGCAGAGUUGGCUUGAACCACAUGCAAUUAAUUUUACAAGGGGGACACUAACUGAAAGGAAUGAGUGAACACACUUGGAGUUAAAUUUUAAUAGUUUCCUUCAUGUGUACAAUGCCAUCACAGCAUCCUAUACUGUGCAUCUUUAAAUGUGUGCAUUUCCAUAUUGAAUUAGAAUAUCCAUUUUCCAUAAAAGGAGAGGCAGCCCCAAAUGCUAGUUUUCUCCAUGGAGAAGCUAGCUACUGGCAAUUUAAAAAAAUGAACAUUCAUUCAUUGGGAUAGGAAAACCUACACCCACUAGAUCUUUUUAAAAAAUUCAAAUAGGAUGUAUCUGGGGACUGUUUUUCACAUCAAAAGCAGUUGCUUCAAGCAUUACAUACCACAUUAAUUGUAUCUACAGGAUUCUUUGAAAGAGUUAGAGAUGGGAAGGCAUUCUUAGCAUUGUGUUUGAAAUUAUUUAUGCCACUGCAGGCAGUUAAGGUUUUAAAUCAAUGGAUGGCUUUGACUGAUUGACCAAGUUAAUGGAUUAAAUACUGCAGUAACACAAACUUCCAUAGAAGGCUCCUGUGCCUGGCACAUUAGUGCACUACUGUACUAGUAACCACAAGCAUCACAUUUCCCUGCCACAAGCUGCAAUACAACCCCCUCCUCAAUUCUAGUGUAUUUAUUUCUUGUUCCUAAAUCUCCUGUUCUGCUUGCCUGUUCAGCCACAUAGACACAAGCCAGUGUCUCCUCAGCUUCCAGCAGGGACAAGAGGGUGCCACCACCAACCAGACUAAAACCCAAAGUCCACAGUGAUGCUGUUUGCAAGAAGAUUAAAGAUGUACCUUAUGGCUCUCUCUUAUGCCUCCUAUAGUUUCAGUGUGGCAAAAUACACAAUGCCACGAAGCAAAACUGAAGGGAAAGUGUCCAGUUGUUUCUAGUGAUCUGUUUUGCUAUAACUGAUGCACAAUUAAUUUUUGUUUUAGGGGCCUGACUUGCAAAAAAGUCUUUCAUCUGUUCAACUCAAUACCAACGGGAUACAUAAUGCCACAGGGACCUUUAGUACUCCUCCUUCAAACGGGCCUGGAGGUAAUGCUAUGGAUAUGGUUGGGGCUGAGCACGGCAGCUUAAAUAUACGCUGUUCAGAUUCUGAAAAGAAAUGAUAUUGAUUCAGGAGACAAGAAGCAGGGUUGACAUUUCUCAUUUCAUUGGGACUCACUUAACAUGCUGGUUGUGAUCAAUUUCAGUGGCUGUUAUCUUUCACGAGACAGAAUAAGCUCACUCAUCCGUCGUGUGUUUUUGCCCCUCAGGAACCCUGAAUGGAAAAGGAACCUCGACAGGAAAAGAAGAGACCACAAAAGAACCUACAAAAGAACCUACAGGUAUUUCUAAUCCUGUUCCUGUUGAAUGGCAACAUUCAAGUUCAAAUUACUUUCAUUUCUGCCCUGAUUUUGCAGGGACAGCCAAUAUGGCAACCUCCAUAUGUUGUUGGACUCCAACUUCCAUCAGCCCUAGCCAGCAUUGCCGAUAGCAAGGUAUGAUGGGAGUUGCAGUCCUGCAGCACCUAGAAGGCAACAUGUUGGCUAGCCUUGUGCUACUGUAACUGUACUGGAAGUGAACUCAUUACAAAAUGUGAGGUAAGUCAAUCACAGGCCCCGAUUCACCUUUCCCCAUAUUCUUUUUAUAUCCUGCACAGAAUUGAUAGCAGCUUCUGGGCAUAGCCACAGAAUCCUGCAAAGCACAUCCCAACAGCAUAUUUUCAUUUUCUGGGAUUACCUGGACCUUAAAAAUAUGGUGUUGGAAUGAUUUAACUGACACACUUUAACAAUCCAGCCAGUUUUCUUCACAGGAAUCAUGUAAUCUUAUACAGUUUUUUUUUAAUGAAAAUAAUAAAACUGCAGGUUUAUUGUUGCAGAAAAGUAGUUAGCGCUACAGAUUCAUACUUUAUUAUUUCAUAAAAUGUAUACACCGCUUAAUUGUAAAAUACCUCAAAGUGGUUUACAAAAAUAAAGCAAUAGAAUUGUCCAUCACUUUUUUAUCUGCAUAUUUUUAAGGGGUGGAAGAACACACAUGCACACACAUUUUAAGUAGUUAGAUGUGUGCUGGAGGGCAUCUAAAAUAUAAGAAUAAACAGAAGGUUUCUAAGGCUAAGCAGAAGGUUCAUAAAAUUAUGGAACAAUGCUGCCAAGGUAGGUAGUGACUUUGUUAUGGCUAGCCACAUUUUAAAAAGGUGUGGCUAAAUGAGUGCUCCUGCACUGAAGACAGAAAAUAGGAGAGCUUACAGUGUCCAUAAGAUUCUACAGCAAUAUUUACACUUUCCAAAAAAUAAAUAAAUUGAACUUCACACAGAGACACACAUUUUAAAAGUUCGAAAAAUGUCGUGGGUUGCAAUCUAUGCAAGAGGGGGGAAUCAUUAACCCUCUACUCUGCAUUGCAUAUCUGGAGGGUCCUGUGUCUUAGGAAUGGCUUUCCAGAGGGCAUGGCAGACACAGUGGAAAGGGGCCCAGGUAAGCCCUGUACAUGCAUAAGAUAUUGUGGACUCCAGUGUCACAAACAAUACCCAACAAGGGCCUCUGACAUUUGCAGAGUCGCAUCUGCGCAGAACUCUUUCGUAGAGGCAAGUGUUAUGUUUUCCCAGGGAUAAAAUAUUGUGGUUUGUGUGCUGAGAUGCUGUGAUAUAGGUAUGUGCAAUCAUAGGAUCACCUUGAGAGGAGAUGGAGUAUAUGCAGGCGUGUCCAACCAGUAGAUUGCAAUCUACUGGUAGAUCCCUGGCUGAUCCUGGUAGUGUGGGACCCUUAUCAAUCGUGAGAUUAAAUAAAAGUUUACUGGAAGUUAAGAAAUAAAAGCUGAAGAACUCUGGGCUCAACAACUCUGGGCAAUCCACCCACCCCACGCAUGCUCCUCCUCCCUCCAAUGACAAUGGGUAGAUUACUCCCAGUUUUUUAUACUGGGAGUAGAUUGUAGUCUCUUCGGAGUUGGAUGUGCCUGGAGUAUAGCAAAGAAAGGUCCUUCAAGUGGAUGGUGAAAAUAAGUGGCAAUUUAGCAUCUCGUUUAAGCAGAUGCAUCUCUUUUUCAUGCUAUGUUUCAGAGCUGCAAACGGCGAGCUUUGAGGAGCUGCAGCAGAUGAAGAAUUUUGGGAAACUGUUGAAGAAGCAAGAGAAAGACCUGAAGGAGGUGGAACGGAAGACAGUGAAGCGCAAGGAAGAGCUGUUGCAGAAAUAUGCCGUCCUUUUCAUGGAGUUGGGCAUGCAAGCUGGCAAAAAGAAAAUGCCAUGCCCACCUAAAACCCAGAAAAAGAAAAGGUAGAAAUUGGAUCAUGAGCAGAAAAGGCUGUGGGAUCCUUACUGGCCAUCAGAAGACUUGCUGUUAACUGUAACUUUAUUUAAUACAUUUCUUUCAUAAUGAAUGUAUCAUGGCAUAAAAGGAAUUUGUUCGACUACUGAGACAUUAUAGGACUUUAGGCUUUUCCAGAGGAGAGAGAUUUAGGUAUGUGCAUUAGAGAGAGAGAUUUAGGUGUGUGUUACUGAUUUGUGUGUUGAUACUGUGUUAAUCUCAGUGGUAGAAAAGAGUGUGAGGAGAAGCCCCUGGCAGGUGGCAGGAACAGUGUACUACUAUUCUCAGUCGUAUAGACACCUGCCACACAAAUACACAACGAAACAGAAGGGGAAUGCCACAAUGACAAGGAAGGAAGCAAAGGUGCAAUUCAAAGCACUGAAGAAAAUCCAAUCACAGAUGUGUCUCAUGUAAUUAUUUAAUCACAAAGCUCAGAGAUCCCAAAGUAUUUUAAGGAAAUGCCUCUUCACAAAGGGAAACAAAAUAAAAGGGCAUUUCUUACACAACAGCUGCAAUAAACAGCUGUUACAUAAACAGAGAAUUACAAUACCACAGUUUUGCUAUGUAGCCACUUUCUAAAUAUGACAGCUGCAGGGUAUAAAGGAAGCAAAAUCAAGGAUUAAUGAUGGCUCUACUGCUUAAAGAGCAAGUUAUUUAUAUUAUUUAUUUAUAGGAUUUAUAUACUGCCUUUUUGUGACGGCACCCAUGGCAGUUUACAGUUCCGCUACUGUCCCACCCACUCACCAUCACAGAGAAGCAUAGACUAUUCCUGCACUGCAGGGGGUUGGAUUAGAAGAUCCUCAGGGACUAUUCCAACUCUACAAUCCUAUGAUUAUGGAAUUCUAUAAUCAAUUCUACAAUUCCAUAAUCACUGCAGAGUUGGAAGUGGCCGCAAGGAUCUUCUAGUCCAGGCAUAGGCAAACUCCGGCUCUCCAGAUGUUUCGGACUACAAUUCCCAUCAUCCCUAGCUAGCAGGACCAGUGGUCAGGGAUGAUGGGAAUUGUAGUCCCAAACAUCUGGAGGGCUGGAGUUUGCCUGUGCCUGAUCUAGUCCAAUCCCCUGCGAUGCAGGAAUCUUCUACCCCAUUGUGGGGGCUCAAACCCAUGAUCCUGAGAUUAAGAGUCUCAUGCUCAUAAAAAUAAAACACAAACAAUUCCCUCUCCUCUCCCAGCCUUUAAUCUUCCUUUUCAUGGGGCAGGUGAUGUUCAUUGGUCCUGAAAGUGGACAGUCUGACUGGCAAAGGCCUAAUGGUUUCCCUGCCUGCCUCUCUUCUUUCUCACAUGGCAGAAUAAGGCCCAUAAUCUAUAGCUGUUAUAGAACAUAGUGGCAAUAUGAUGCCAUGCAGAGAUCUCAUGAAAAAUGGCUCCUUGGUGGUACAGCAGUGAAUUGGUCACAAUAUUAGCCAAAUUGUGAGAAUUGUUCCUCUUCGUCUGAAGUUGCAGGAAGUGGACUGUGGAUGACAGCAGCUCAGGAAGGAACUCCGGUGAGAUGGCAGAGAGUCCUCCUGACAACAGAGUCUUGGAGCUGAAGGAGAAGCUGGAGAAAGAGCUAAUGCAGCUAGGAGAAGAGCAGUAUGAUGCAAUUCGGAAGAAGAAAGAGCUCCAUGCCACAGAGGUACAGAUAGAAGAUUUAUUACCCUUUCCUUACUUAACAUUUGCUUGCAGUAGUUACAGGUCAUCCUACAACAGAGUUCUCAGCGCAGCCCACAACAGAAGAUGAAACCAUUUAAAAUCUAAUUGCACUAAAAGCAGCAAUAUAAAUAUAAUACAGCAUAAAAACAUAAGUCACAUAGAGUAAGCACAGAUUAAAGACAGAUUAAAAUGCCUGGGAAAAUAAAAAGAUCUUUACCUCACACUGAAAUGGCACCAAAAUAUGCCCCAUGUGUGCCUUUUUUGAGGAGGGCAUCCCAUAGUGGCAAUGCCACCACUGAAAAGGACCUAGUGCACAUCAUUUGGUUAGGGGCACUCAGAGGAAGAUCUUUGAGGAUCUCAAGGCAUGAAGUCAGUGAUCCCAAGUGCUACUGCCUGAACACAACUCAGAUCAUUUGGUUGCAACUGAGUAGUGUCAGACAAAUAAAUCUGUUCACAAGAAAACGUUCAGCGCAGGAAUGGCAGGUAAGGGUGAGGGAAAACCAUGUUUUCCACUUGCUUGUUCUGUAGAUUUUAAUAUAAGAGAGCAGCAGCAUCUCAUCCUCACUGCUAUGGUUGUCUGAUGUUCAAGUCUAUGUGUCACAGACAGUGUCAAAUAUACCCCAAACUAGCUGUUAUAGACCUCAUGGGCUAUUUUAUGGCUGAAUACAGGUUGGAGCCAGAUUUAUCGUAGGAACUCUGCUCAUGGGCUGUUCCUGCUGCAGGAAGGGAAGGCUACAAUUUCGCCGAUUCCUCCUUCUCCCUGCAGCACCCUUAAGGUCUGUUCCAGCUUGUCCAGGGCUCUUCCAGGACAAUGAAAAAGGUGGCACAAUGGGCUGCAAACAGAAGUAGGAACUUGCAAAAAUUGCCUUUCUCCCUUCCUCCAGCAAGAGCUUCCACUGGAUAAAAGGCCCUCCCACAAAUGGAGGAGCAACUUGCAGUUUUAGAAAGAAAAGAAAAAGAGUAAAAUUAAAUUCUGACAUUCUACCCUGUGUUUUAAUCUUUGGACAGCAAAUUUCUAAAAUAAUUGAGCUUGCAAGAGAAAAGCAAGCAUCUGAGCUAAAGGCACUAAAGGAAUCCUGGGAAAGGUAGGUAACAAAAUAAUGUAAGUUUUUUCCAGCGUUUUAAUCUACUAAUUUUGCAUGGCUUAAUUUUCGCUUGUGUUUUCCCUGCUCAGACUGGAUUGCAGCUGAUAGGAAGGAUGCAGUUAUUUUGAAACGGCUCAGUGCAUGCAGUCCUGGUUGGUGCUAGUCUAGUUCAUCUGUCGUUUGGCUGGGCAAGAAAUAGAAGGGGUGGUCAGAAGGGAUUUGCAUGAUGUAACCUGCACACAAUACCUAUGCAUUUUCUCUCAUUCCACUGGGAUCAUUUACCUCCGGCAAGGAACAUUUUCAGGCCUGUAAACAAAGAGCAUUAUGUGGUGCUUCCUUUACUAACCUGUGCUCUAUGACUGAAAUGAUUGAAGACAUUAGGUAGACAAGAAGACAGCAAUUUACAGAGAUAAAAAUGUGUUAUUGCUGAAAUCGAUCAACUCUAGGUGAUAUCUUCCUCUACAGUGACACUAAAGAAAUGAAAAAGAAACUAGAGGUGAAAAGAUUGGAAAAAAUUCAGACCAUGGCUAAGAACACAACCGACAAGAGUGCCCAGGAAAGGUACUGUGGCAGACCGAUUGGCCUCUUUGGAGUUUGUAUCUGCUGAACUCUUUCACAGGGCUGGGCAUUAGCUAGAAAUAGAGAUGGACAAAUCUGUCAAUUUUGACCCUCUAAGUCAUGGGUCAGCAACCUUUUUCAGCCGUGGGCCCGUCCACCAUCCCUCAGACCAUGUGGUGGGCCAGACUAUAUUUUUUUGGGGGGGGGGGAUGAACAAAUUCCUAUGCCCCACAAAUAACCCAGACAUGCAUUUUAAAUAAAAGGACACAUUCCAUUCAUGUAAAAACAUGCUGAUUCCCGGGCUGUCCGCGGGCCGGAUUGAGAAGGUGAUUGGGCCGCAUCCGGCCCCCGGGCCUUAGGUUGCCUACCCCUAGUUUUCCUUUUUCCAGUCUUAAUUUUAGAUCUCCACAUUUCUGCAGCAAAUUGCAAUUUAUUUUUUUAAUCCUCUUCACCAGUAUUUUAGUGCAAAUUUAUCCUAAUAAACACAUUUUGACUCAUGCAUGCAUUUUUGCAAGCAAAUCCCAGUAAUGUAAUGCAUUUUAAUAUUAUUUUCACUAAUAUGUGCAUUUUAAUGCACCUUUCCCCCUAAUAUUUUUGUAUAUGGUUUGGACAGAGAACUGCUAUUGCAAAAUUUGGAAAAGUGCACAUUUUGAAGGAUGGCCAUAUUUCAGUUUGCAUAUUGGUUCAAGAAGUGUGAAUGAGGUAGUUAAAAUGGAAACAAAACAGAAUUUCUCCUCCAUGCCUAGCUAGAAACAAUUUUUUACUUGCAAAAAGCCUAAAACUUAAAAACAGUGUGAGAAUUCUGGUAUCCUGCUAAACCAAUGAUGGCUAACCUUUUUUGACCCAAGGGCCACAUUCAUCCUUGAGCAACCCUCUAGGGGCCACAUAUCAGCCAUGAGUGUGACCCACACACUCUCCCACACAUCCUCAGCUGAUCUGUGCUUAUCACACACACUUCACAUACCCUCUCAGCAAUCCUGACAAACAGUGAUUGGCCUAAGGUCCCAAGUGAGUUUCAUAGCUGAGUGAGAAUUUGAACCUAACCCUCCCUGGUCCUUGUCAGACACGCGUAAGUACUGCACAGCACAUUCUCAGGUUACCACAACCCAAUUCAUUUGUGCAGGUUUCCUUAACUGAUACACAAUGCUAUCAUCACCACUACAGGGAAAUCCUGUAAAUCUAUCACUUUAGUACAAUUCUUUACAACACAAUGCCUUUUGCUGGCAAAUCAUGUACCUUUAACACCCUGUCAUUUUAAUUCUUAACUGGGCAUCUGUGAUAAACCUCUCAGUCAUGACUAACUGAAGCGUUUCCCUGCUGAAGGUUAUCAUUAUCAAAGUGUGUUGAUAGGGUGGUUUUUUCUCUACAGACUGAAGAGAGAAAUCAACAAUGCGCACAUUCAGGAAGUGGUACAGAUGGUCAAACAGGUAAGGCUGUCACGAAAACUAGUUGGAUAAGGCCUCUGGCAAAUCUUAGUCCAAUUGUACAACGCAAAAGUACACUCUCAGGAUCAUUUCACUCAGCUUAGCUUAGGCCCGAACCAUUUAUUGGAGGACCUGCACCUUUACCACCCCACUGGAACUUGAAAUCUCCUGCUGUGCCUGCCCCCUAGGUCAGGAAGGUGGGUGGCCACAAAGGAGAGAGGUCCUUCUCACGAUGACAGUAUUAACUAGUUCUUUUUUCUUUUAUAGUCCUUGGUUGCAAGCUGCUUUGGAUAGCCAUUUGCCCAGAAAAGUGGCCUUUAAUAUUUAAACAUUUUUAAAAAAUAAAUAGCUAUGCCUUAGCUGCUAAGAAAUCCUGAGUGUGCACUCCUGCUUUGUCAGCUUAACAAUUGCUGAUGGACCACAGGGAUUCAUCAGGGGUGUUUCUAGGGGGCGGCCCAGGGGCCUGAGCUCGUCGUCUUCUUCUUUGCUGGGUCCCAGAAUUCCUGCCGCUGAAUCACUUUUUACUGAGCACACUGCAAAAUGCAGUGCUAGUGUGAAAUCCCACCCACUCACUAACUCAGUUUGCCCAGAGGCAGUCUAUACCAUUAUGCAAACUUGUGCCAUGAGCCUAUGCCCCAAGUACCUAGCAAUAACAUUUGCCGCUUUUAUACUAUCUGAAGAAGUGUACAUGCACACGAAAGCUUAUAUCUAGAACAAACUUAGUUGGUCUCUAAGGUGCUACUGGACUAUUCUUUUUAUUUCGCUUUUAUACUGUUGCUUUGAAGAUGGUGGCUUUUAAAAUACUUUCUUUCCCUGCUUCAAGAUGAAUGAAAAACAGGCUAGGGACCAAGAAGUACUGGAGAAAAAGCAGGCAGCCUGCCUAGAAGCAAUCAAGGAAAAGGAAAACCAGGUAAGAGGAUGGGAGAAUCAAAGAUCUAGAAUAGACCCCAGAGAUAAUUUACUCCAACCCCCUGCUCUAAGAAGAGAAAGCCAACAAUCCUUUUGAAGCCCUAGUUUUGCUAUGGAAUGGUUGAGAUGAAAUGGGUGGUUGACACUUUCGCUCCUGAGCAUCCUCUCCAGCUUUGUGGCACCCAAGUGGCUGCUUGGCAUUCUGGGGAGCUUCAGGCAAUGAAGCAAGUCUGACAAAGACUAGAGGGCAAGUGGUGCAAACCUCACUCCGAAGCCAGCUGGGCACUGACUAGUGCACAUAAGCAUGCAGAAAGGAAACAGCAAACAAAUUACCCAGAGUUGGGAGUACCAAGGGGACCAUUUGGACUGGGAAUGUGGUGUUGGGCAGGGGUCAACAGCACAGCACUCACAUACACCAGUGUGCUUGAUUGUACUUGCUGUGGUAUGUGCUGAAGGUCUCAGCAAAUAGCUCAGCAAAAUGCACAAAGGACUGUUUGUUGUCCCUGCCUAGCUCCUGUUUGCAAUGGUUAAGCCUCUCCUACUUUGAACCUACCCCAUCCAACAUCCUUGCAUUUCAGUGGAUGCCAGGAUUCGAUGCCCACCCUCCUGUGCAGAGCUUCUCUUUGUGAGUUCACUAGUGGCGGAUGUUAUACCACAACCCCAUGGCAGCCAUUUUGUGCUUUUCCACACCACAAUGACAGCAGCCAUUUUGUAACGGUCACCCACAAUACUUUCCCAGUAUUCCAUAUGUGCUCACUGGUUCAAAACGGCUGCUGACCUCUUGUGUAGGGUAAAGUGAGCCCACGUGAUUCCAAAAUCCCGGUUCCUACCCCCUUCCCCAAAGCUCUUGGCUGCCGAGGUGCCUUGCACGAGAGAACUGGCAUAAGGUGGGGGGGUGUACAAAGUAAUCCCUCCCAAUCCAAAUAUGGUCAGCUACUUUUCAUAAAAAAAUGAUCCUAAUAGCUCCCCAUCACAAAAGUGAGCAUGCCUAAUUUGGCCCUUAACAACUGAGGCUUUGUAAAACAAAGGCUUUCCCCCCAGCAGCACCAUUUAAAAUUCCACAAACAAGCAACUACUGGGCUUCUUCUGAGCAUUUGAGCAACAUGUGUGUCUCAUGUACUGACCUCUCUCUCGGUACAGCUGCAGCAGGAGGCAUACGCAGAGUACGAAGGCAAAGUGAAAGCUCUUGACACAGAAGUGCAAGUUUUAGUGAAGAACUGUGUGAAAGCUGAUGCAGCAAAGAAAGAGAACCUAUAUGCUGCCAGUGAGGGAGGCCAGGGGCUGAAACAACAGCUGCAAGAAAACAACCUGAUACCUGUUGCUGAAAGAUGUGAAACUCAGACGGCUGAGAAUACGGCAGAGGAUGAGGAAUCUAGCGAUAUACUGGUGAGCAGGCUGUGAGUCUCUCACCUGACCCUGUUCUUAAGGCACAGAUUUUUUUAAUGACUCAUUUUGUUCCAGACGUUACAGUUCCAUAGAACUUAAUGGGCUGUCUCAUGUCGCACUUCCAUCAGCUCAUUGAAUCUUUGAUUAUUGUGAUCUGGUAACCCAGAUUAGUUUGCAUCUACACUGGAGUUUCUAUCUUUCAGGAUCUGUAGUGACAAUACAGGAUAGGAAUAAACUGUUAUAUAUUGAAGUUCUCACCCUGGUCACCAGGGCGUAUUGUGUAUAUAGUUUGCACUCAGAUCCACUAAGUUAAUUUAGGUGGGAAACCCUGGGCUGUUGUUGUUACAAUGUUGACAGCCAAUAAAAGCAGGCCGGCUGAGCCGUUUGCUGUUCAGUUCAGUUCCAGCUUACUUAUAAAGAACUACUUGGAGAAAUCUCUGUGUCAUCUGCUAUGUCCACC